AGCUGUUCGGCGCUGCGAAGCUGCUGCUGCUGGGCUCGUGGAGAUGCUGCAGUAGCGGCGACGUUGGCGUUGGCUGGGAAGCCUUUUGCUGCUGCUUCAUUCAUGGUGGCAGGAGGGGUUGCCGUGGCUUCCGCAGCCGCCUUCUCUUGCCCAGGACCAGCCUGUGAUGACCCCGGGCGUAUUUCGGGCUGUUUGAACGGCGGCGGCGGGGGGGAAAGGGGAGCUUGAUGAAAGCGAUGUCUCCCCAACAGGAUCACAUCGGGCAGGGGCGCUCUUCCUCCCUGACCGGAGGGUCCCGGCUCUCCGUAGCUUCCGACGCCAGCAAGGUGAGUGAACCCGCCGCCGCCCCUUUGCAACCUUGCCUGGAUCGGGGGACGGGGACGAAAACCACCUCCUCCUGUGCAGACAAGAGACGGACCGGUCGCCUCCUUCGCCCUUGGGUUUUGCGGCGAAGGCUCCCCGUUGCUUAUAAUAAGAAUAAUAGCGUAACCUGCCCCUUGCUGAAACUUGCAGGCUGGUCCUGUACGCGCAACUUGGGGAGCAAGCCCUGUAGGUUUCCAAUGGAGCUUUGCUCCCCAAGAAAGCCGGGCUGGCGCUGCAGCCACUCCGCGCGCCCAAGCACGCUCGUGGGGAAGCAGGUCCUGCAGAGUUCAAGUAAAAAGGGUAAAAAGACCUCAGUGGCAACUGCAGCCUCUUAACUGGUAGGGAGAGCUCGAGUCUGUGCAGCCCCUCGUUCACUUUUUGCAUGAAACCCCCUCCGUCUUUUUCCCUAUGUCAUUUUCUCUCCCUGCCCAUCAUUUUCGGGAAAUAAUGGGAGGCGGUGUACCCCCCACCCUCGAUGUCCCCUCUCCACCAUUUCCAGUGGGUUAUCCUUGUCGAUGCAUUUGUCCUGAAGCGUGCUGGUGGUGGGCGGGGGAAGGUCAGGGUGGUGGCGGCGGUGCAAAAAGCAUCGCUGCAACCUGCGAAGGUUCCCGGUCCUUAAAUGCUGCAGAAAGACGGUCCUGUGCGCGCAACGUUUCGGGAGAGCGCAGUAGAUGGAGGUCGCUUGCGCUGGGGGGGGGGGGGGAGAGAACGGGGCUGCGCGCCUUGCGGGAAAUGUGCUGCAUAGCUGGCGCGGGGGAUCGAUCGAUCUUUCCCUCCCCCGCCCUUGGUAAGAUCUCCGACGGAGCGUCGUGAUCGAGAGAAACCACCGAGCUGCUUUUCUUGGCACAUCGCGUUCCUUAAAAGCGCCACCAGGGAUCCCUCGGGAGGCGCGCGAUCGCCUCGGUCCUCUUCCCCUCCCUCCCUCCGCGCCGCAUGCGUGCUUCACCUUCCCUGCCCCAGGUUUGCAUGCCUGGAUUGGUGUAUUAUGCACUUGAUAGAUGGACAGACGCGGUUCUGUUUUUGAGUAGCCGCUGCUGCAAGGCGCUCUCGGGGCUUCUCUUUCUUUCUGCGCCUGCUGCUCAUGGACGUGAGGCUCGGCGACCGGGGGACUUCGUGAUCGGUCUGCUUUGAAGGUGGCAUCGUCGCGACAGGCGGGCCGGGCGAUCUCGUCGGGGUGGCAUUUUCCACAUAGAUGCUGGCUGGAUCAGUGGUGGCUCCCUUGGCAUGUAUUGUUCCAGGUAGUCUUAGAUCCUGGACUUAAUGGUCUUAGUCGUCUACCUUCUCUCCCACCAGUAAUGUGUAUUGAUUCACUAGCGCUCCCACUCCCCCAUAGGAAUGUGUAUUAAUUCACCUGCUUCAAAUUGUGGGGUGAUCUAGGGCCCACCUACUCAUUUUGCUGAAUGGGCACCUGGAUUGUGUCCUAAAGUCCUGUCCUUGUGGUGCCAUUUGAUGCCUCUAAAUGAGAAUGGGACAAAAAGUGGAGAAGUGUUGGCAUUCCUGGUUUGGCUUGCACCUGCCGCUGUAUUUCUAUCUAAAAUUACAUAUUUUAAAUAGAGUGGUGCUCUUGCCCAGUGCAAGCUUAUCUGAGAUGAAUGGGGAAAUAAACCCCCAAUGAAAAAAAAUAAGCAUAAAAUAUUAUGCAUUCUUAUAAUUUGUGCAACAACCUUGUAAAGCAGGCCAGUAUUUUUAUCCCCAUAGUAACGACUGCAAGGUAUGAGGCUGAGAGAUUGUGUCUGGCCUAGUGUCGUUUUGUGGUUGAUGAGAUUUUUGAACUUUUUGGAGAAGUGAACGGGAGGUGCACUUGUUCUUGCUUUUGCAUGAUGUUGUGGUUAAUGUGUUGUUUGAAUCAAGACCUGGGAGACCAGUGUUCGAAUCUCUAUGAGGCUAUGAAGCUCAUUGAGUGACCUUGGGCCAGCCACUGUUCCUUCUCAGCUUAACCAACCACACAGGAUUGUUGUGAGGGUAAUAGGGAACCGUGAAUGUCACCUGGAACUCAUUGGAGGAAAGAUGGGAAUUAAAUGGAAUCUCUGUAAUAUACACUGCAGCAAGGCUGCAGAUAGAUGGCUGCAUCUUUUUAACAUGUGUGUUCUGUGUACCUGCAGCCACUUCCAGCUUCUCGGCAUGCCUGUGAGACAGAAGCAUGCAACUAUAACUGUACGUGCAGCUGUCACGCAGUUUCCUCUGCAGAAGUGACAGUAGUACAGGAAAUCUUGCCUUUCAAAUAAUGGCCCCUUUCUCUGUAUGAAAUCUUAGGGUAUUUCCUGGAGCAGGCUAGCAGAUAAUGGAGAGGAGGAGGAGAGUUGGGUAGUUCCUCUUCCCAUCAUCAAAUAAGGGGAGUGUUAGACAUUCCCUGCUGUUUCUGAAUUGACUUUGGAUAGUACAACGUUUUACAUUGGCGUACGAAUUGAUUUUUAUACCUGGUUUUUGUUAUACUGCAUAAGAUUCCAUAUCUGCUUGUUUUUCCUUAAACAAACUCUUAAAAACUGCCCUAGGAUAGUAAUAAAGGACAUGAACUUCUGCUGACCUAAGAACUUAAGAAGAACUGCGCCAAGGGUGCAUCUUGUUCAGUAUCCUGUUCUGGGAAGUCUGCAUGCAGGCAUGAAAGCAGCAACCCUCUCCAAUAUUUGUUCUCCAGCAGCAAUUCUGAGGCAUCCUGAACAUAGAGGCUCCAUUUAGGUUUUGCAAACUGGACCUGCUGCAACAAAAUUUUGCAGUGUGGAGUGCUGCUUUUCAGGGUGCUGGCCAGCCCGCCCUGUCACCUUCAAGGAUAUUCUUGUCUAUUACCCCUCCCGCUUGGUUCUCUAUGCACUGCCCUUCCUCCGUGGCAGCUUGGCCACUGAGCAUGCUCAGUCCUCAUUGGGCUCUUUUGGAUUCUUCUCCCUCCCCAAAUAUUUUUGUUCUUCUGCAGAUCUUGGGUUUCCUCCAAAGCCUGCUGCUACCUCGCUUUUGUGCAUAGGUGGCACUGUUUUUGCAAUGCCAGAAUCCACAUGCAGCUGUUAGAGUCUAAAUAAUGCAAUGUGGUGCCCUGAGGCUGAUGGGAUCUGUGGCAGGGGAGCAUGUAUGUGAAGUCUGGUAUGUAGGUUGACUAGUAAUAUACUGUACAAAAAAGGCUGAAAUCUUAGAAAUCACACCCCUUGACCAAAUAGAGACACCUGUGUUGGGAGCUGGUUGAAUUGGAGUAUUGCUUUUUCAUAUUCUUCCACCUGUUCUAACUCUUAACAUUCAAAACAUGUUUUGGGAUGAGCCCUGGUUGAAAGUAAAUGCUGCACUUGCUGUGCUGACUCCACUCAAUACUACAGUUAGUUACACUAUUUCUAGAGAACUCGUACAUAAAUUGAUGGCUAAAAAGACCAUUUGUAAAAUCUGUACUGUGUCCUGAAACACUUUUGCAUAUAUGUUUAUGGCAGAUUGUGGUAAGCAUUUCCUUUAUUGCGUAGCCUACUGGUCUUCCAGUGGAAUCCUGAUCAUGAUACAGGUAACCUUUAACAAUGUAUAGGAAUUCGCUCCCUUUUUAUUGUUUCGGAUCACAGGAUCUGUGAUCUUCCACUGCUCAUCCUACAGGAGCUCAGCUUAAAUUCUGGAGGUUAGCAUUGGGUUAUCAGUGUGGUGUAGCAGAUAGCAUUUCAGUACUGGGCGUGAGAGACCCAGGUUCAAUUAUGUGUUCCACCAUAAGGCCCAGCAAGUCUCAUCUUUUUGGAGGGAUCACUUAGCUCUGGCCCAGCCAUACAGUAAGGUGAAGUGACCAGGUUUGGGCAACAACAUGAAAGAAACAGAAUACAGUAAAUGAAGACAGGAAUUAGUACCACAGCAUCAGGUUUGCCAGCAGAGUAUCUUAGGUUCAAUCCCUAGUAUCUCCAGGUAUGGCCGGGCAGAUGCGUGUCUAAUAAUAAUAAUAAUAAUAAUAAUUUAUUAUUUAUACCCCGCCCAUCUGGCUGAGUUUUCCCAGCCACCCUGGAAAGCUGCUGUCAAUCAGUGCGAGUGAGAUGGACCAAUGGUUUGACUGAGUGUAAGGCAGCAUCCUAUUUUGUUAAUGGAGUAGCAAGAUUUUUAAGAGGUUAGGUAUAUUGUUUGGGUAUGUUCAAUGAAAUACAGGUAAAUUAGAAUAAGCAGAAUGUUAUCAACCAAAUGCACCACUCUUAAGUCGUUUGUAUCAUCUGUUGUGCUAUAAACACCUAGGAGAAUUCCAGUGUAGAAACUGCACUAUGCUACAGAAUUUUCCUGCACUUCAGAAUGUGCUUUGGUGUGUGGGCUUGCCUUUGUGUGUGAAACCUGGCAGAAGAAAGAGUGUGAUUUAUGAGUCAGAUAUGUUGGGGGCUCAGAAUAUGUUUCAGCAUACAUUCCCCCCCCCCAUUUUUGUUUUUUAACAAAACUGGCCCUGCCAGAUACUAUUCCAGAAUAAAUAGUGCGAAGACUAAAAGGAACCAAGCUGGGAAGGAAAUCUCCUAUUUGCAGGGUUUGCAUUAAAAUGUCAUUAAAUCCCCGCAAGCGCAUUCUCCUUGGAGAAUUGCUGCAGCAGGCUGCCAGAUUGCUUAUUGGGAUUUUAAUGCCUGCCUGGGUUAUUACAGUACACUUCAUAAAUAUUUCCCGUCCUGAUCAUGUUGGGGAAAGAGGGAGAGAAAUGGGGACUCCAUAUAUGUAGUUUUCUCCUAGACAGCAGCCCUCAAGCACAAUGCGAGACUCCUGUCCUGGUAAAUAUUUCACUUUUGCCCAGUGCAUUGGCCCUUCAAAGUCAAGGACUUUGAGCAUCUGAAAUCCUGUUCGACCGUAGUUCUGGUGGCAAUAAGAAAUCAUGCCUUAGCUUAAGAUCAGAGGAGUAACUGUGUUAGUCCUUUCUUAUAAAAGCAACACAGAAAUCCCAAUGAAAAUCCUCAUCAUUAUAUAUUUUACAUGGCUGUUUAUUUGCACAUAUUUUAAAAUUUUAUAUAUGGAUGUUUUAUGAUGGCCUAUACUUACAAUGCCUAGUAAAGGUUUGGCAAAGUAAAAGCAACACACAUUCUUGAGGCACCUUAGUGACUAUCAAAUUUAUUCUGGCAUAAGCUUUUGUAGAUUGGAGUCGAGUUAAUCCAGUGCAUUUGAUAAAGUGAACCGUAAGCCACAAAAGCUCAUACAGUAAUAUAUUUACUAGUUUUAAGGUGCCACAAUAUUAUUUGUUAACAUCAGUCGAUAUUGUAAGGAGAAUAGCUGAAAAUAUUUUAUUGUAGUACUGCCAAUGCCUCCUAUAUAGAUUUUUAUUUCUGUGUGGGGCCAGGCUAGAUUCCAGUGAGUAUUUGAAUUACCCUCAUCAGACUAUUAGUGAGAGCAUAAGUAUAUGAAUACAAGUAACUAUAAAAUGAGACCACACUAUUUUGCAGUAUCAAAAUACUACAGCAAGGAAACAUUUGCUCAGGUAUGUAUUCUCACUAUGGUUGCCUGUAGACAUCCAGUUGGGAAGCUUUUAUAGAGGGAAGGAGUGGGUUCUUAUUUUCAUGUGUCUGAUGUGCCACAAACACUUAAGUUUCCUCCUUUGAUUUCAUCCUCCUGUAAAAAGUUUCAGUUCAACAUUGGCAUUCAUUCUUCUUGCCACAUCUUUGAGACAAAUGGGAUACUUGUGGGAAUGAAAUCUUCUGACCUUGGGGUUGUAUCCAAUGUUCGCCUUUCUCAGAGCAGACCCAAUGAAAAGGACUGACUUAAAUUUAGCAGGUCUGCUCCUGAGUAGAACGUAUUUCGAUCCAACCCUCGAUUAGCAAAUGUGUAAGUGGAAGCCUCAAUCCCGUAUGAACAGAAUUGAGCACACUAUAACAUUUUGUAGUGAGUCUAAGGAGUUGCUGGUUUUUAGAAAAUGGUGGCAGGUGAAUCAGUGUAAAUAUCAGCUUGUGAACAUGUUCUUGCGUAAUUUCAGAUAACGUAGAGCUGAGUUCUGAUAGCUACUUACAAACGCACCACACAGAAAAUGUGUAGUGAUUGUCCACACAAUGAACUCAUUUUCCUCUGUGGGUAGUAAGUAUAACUAGCUUUACCAUGUGGCCAAAUUGUUACAGAUACCUGGUGGCCCACAUCUGUCCCAUGGUGAGAUUAUAAGUCAUCACCAUGUGGUGUUCUCUAUCACCUUAAAUUGCAUAGACACCUCGUAUUUAAAGAGGAUGACUUGCAGUCAUAACACAGGUAUGCCCCUAAUGCCUUUGAAAAGCAGCCUGUUUAGGCACUGUGACUCUGUGUAAGAUAGAGCUGUUGGUUUGGUGUUAGCAAGGCUGGGGAAAACUGGCUGCCUAAGCCUCUAAAAAUGCUCUUCUGGAGCACAGGAACAGUAUACAGUACAGUAAGCUCCUAAUCACCUGAUGAUGGAUGAUAAAAGAAUAAUGCUGGCUUUUUGGAACUGAAAAUAUUUUUUUCCAGCUGUGCAGUUAGCUCUGGGUCAGAUUGGGGAUUUUGCUGUAUACUAUGCUGGUAAGGGACGCGGGUGGCGCUGUGGGUAAAACCUCAGCGCCUAGGACUUGCCGAUCGCAUGGUCGGCUGUUCCUGCCCACCUAGCAGUUCGAAAGCACCCUUAAGUGCAAGUAGAUAAAUAGGUACCGCUUUAUAGCGGGAAGGUAAACGGCGUUUCUGUGUGCUGCUCUGGUGCCGGUUCGCCAGAGCAGCUUCAUCACGCUGGCCACGUGACCCGGAAGUGUCUGCGGACAGCGCUGGCUCCCGGCCUCUAGAGUGAGAUGAGCGCACAACCCUAGAGUCUGUCAAGACUGGCCCGUACGGGCAGGGGUACCUUUACCUUUACUUUUUAUGCUGGUGAUACGCUGUACUGUUUAUUAUAUAUUAAAUUUCUAUACUACCCUACAUCCAAGGAUCACAGGGCUGCUUACAAUAUAAAAAAACAAUAAUACAUAACAUAGUAACAGUAACAACAACAACAUAACCCCCUCCCCAGUUUGAAAGGCCAUAGAUUGUUUAAUUAGCCAAAAGCCUGGAAGAAGAGGAACAUUUUUGCCUAGCGCCUAAAGAUAUGUAACAAAGGUGCCAGGUGAGUCUACCUGGGGAGAGCAUACCACAAAUGGAGCCACCGCAGAAGAGGCCUGUUCUCAUUUUGUCACCCUCCAGACCUCUCGUGGAGGAGGCACGUGAAGAAGGGCCUCAGAGUAUGAUUGCAGGGUUCGUAUCUGUUUAUCUGGGGAAAUGUUCAAUUGUAAUAUCUGACUAACCAACCUCCUGGGUAUAUUCUGUCUCUCACAAAAUAAAUGCAGAAUGCAUACAGAUCGGGGGGGGUGUCUGUGAAAAUAGGUGAAAAUAGGUGGGUGGGGUAGAUUUUGCAGGAAUGGGGUGAGAAACUAUGGUUUGUGUCAAGCUUCUAUCAAAAUUUGGCCUAUUAAGAAUUAUCAUUGUGAAGUCUGCUACAGGUCUUCUAUAAUCACAUCUUUUGAAACCAAGAGACAAAUGACAUUGUAUGCUGCAAGAUCUGUGUCUUCCCCCAAGUGGGCUAACUUCCCUUGGUAUAAACAGUGCUGAAAAAAUACAGGUACUUGAUGCUGAUGGUAGAAAUGUGAACUUUUUAGGUAGCCAACAUUUUUCUUCAGUGCUGGGACUUGGGUAGUUGCCUCAGAGAAUUUGAAAGAGAAAUUCUGUGAUCUGGAAAGGAGCUUGUGAGUCAUCAAGCUGAAUAGAGAGGAAGAUAUUUAUAUUAAUUAUCACAUCAUGUCUCGUGCAUCAGAGAGAGGGUUUAAGGUUGGUUAUUUAAUGCAAAUAAUUUAAAUUGGUUUAGGGAAGCAAAUUCUUUGAGAAUAAGACUUAAGCACUUCAAACAGAUGCACAACAUAUUGACUAGCAGGGGUUAGAAAUUUGCAGUGACUUAAGGCCCCUGUAGUAUGUAAUAGGCACAUUUUUGAGAACUAUUAUACACAUUUCCUUUUAGGAUAACAAAUUUCCUAAAAGGUAACUUGUAUAAUAGUUAUGCAAGUCAGAAUUAUCACAAGUGUCGGCUUUUCAGCAUUCUAGAAGUGUUUAUACAUAUUUAGUAGCAGCAUGGCAGGCAGAAAUUCAAAAGAGGAAGCUUUCUAAAGGCAAUCUCAAGAAAAGCUGCAUAUUUCGAAAUUCUUCCUCAUAUCUGUUUGGCGCAGGAAAACAAAGGGUUAUGUACCUGUUAGUGACCGCUGCUCCCCAUGUGACAAGCUGUUCUUGUUCAUAGAUCAUUUUUCUAUGUGAAUUCAUUCACAAACCUAAGGACAGUUUGUUAUAAAGCCGGUUGCUGCCAGGACAGCUCAGGCGUUGUAAUCAAGUGAGUACAUUACAUACUGUGACAUCCAUGUGUCGGUCCUUUGUAUUCUCCAUUGUUUGUUAUCAGAGGUGUUCAUAAUAGUGUACUAUAGUUGUGUUUCUCCGUAUCUCACAUUUGUUUUCUGCUGGUGCAUAGCUCAGGGUGACGUGCGGCUGGCUGGCUGGGACUGAUGGGAAUUGUACUUCAGAAUAGUUGGAGGGCACCAGGUUGGCAAAGGCCAAGGGACUCCUCCCUGCUUCCUCUGUAACCAUGUGUAUGUGAGUCAGGAGGAGGUAGGAUGCUUUUUGAAAUAGUAUUGCUUCAGAUGGCUUAUAUCUUUCUGCCCUGACUUCUUCUGGGCAAUAAGAUUGGGUCCUGUUUUGUGUGUUUGAGUCCUCUGCAUUUCUGUUUUAUUUGCUUUCCUAUGCUUUUUAUAGAAUCAUAGAGUUGGAAGGGACCCCAAGGGUCAUCUAGUCCAACCCUGUGUGAUGCAGAAAUCUUUUGCCCAAUGUGGGUCUUGAAUCCACAACCUUGAGAUCAAGAUUAAGAGCUUCAUGCUCUGUUGACAGAACUAUGUGUUUUUAUUCUUAUUCUUUUAUUCUUACUGGUUUUAAGCUGUGUUUUUGUGUUGUAUAUACCAUUUUUUGAAACUUUAAGCUAUUUAUAGAUGCUUUUAAAUAAAUAAAAAUACAGGAUUCAUUUAAGGCUGCACAUUUCGGAGCUCAUCACAUUGAAUACUGAAACACUGAACGUCCAUGUAAACAUGCCUCAAACAGAGUUGCAGGGAUCUUGAAAUGCUUCCAGAAACUUAAAAAAAUGAGUUUGUAAGGGUCAGCAGGGUACGAUCAGGUUCACUUCAGGUGCUGGGUUAUCUUGUCUCAUUCUGCAUGAUUUAUAUCGACACCCUUGUCACCCUUAGACUUUCAGACUGCGUCUAUCAAAAAGCGUUCAUGUGGUACAGUGGUACCCCGCAAGACGAACGCCUCGCAAGACGGAAAACCCGCUAGACGAAAGGGUUUUCCGUUUUGGAGGCGCUUCGCAAAACGAAUUUCCCUAUGGGCUUGCUUCGCAAGACGACAGCCCAUAGGAAAUCUCAGGGACAGCGGGGAAGCGCAGCGCGUCUUCCCCACUGUCCUCGGACCUCCUCCGAAGCCUGGCGGCGGGGCGGGGACACCUCCUCCCGCCGCCGCCGGGCUCGGAAGGCUCCUCCGAAGCCGGGCGGGGGAGGGAACACGUCCCGCCGCCGCCCGGCCCGGAGCGGUGCUCCGAGCCGGGCGGGGGAGGGAAGACCUCCCCGCCGCCCGGCUCCGGAACGGGGCUCCGCAGCCGGGCGGUGGGGAGGGAAGACCUGCCGCCGCCGCCCGGCUUCGGAACGGUGCUCCGAAGCCGGGCGGGGGGGGAGGGAACACCUCCCGCCGCCGCCCGGCAACGGAACGGUGCUCCGAAGCCGGGCGGGGGAGGGAAGACCUUCUGAAGGCGGGCGGGGGCGAAAGUCUUUGCUCCCCCUGCCUGCCUGUCCCGGAGGGCUUUUGAAGGCGGGGAGCAAAGACUUCGCCCCCGCCCGCCUUCAGAAGAGGUCCAGGACCUCUUCUGAAGGCUGGCGGAGGCGAAAGUCUUUGUCCCCUGCCUGCCUUCCCAGGGGCUUUAAAUUGCCCCGGACAGCGGAGAAGUCCUCCGCUGUCCCGGGUGAUUUUAAAAUGCCGCCCGCCAGCAUUUUAAGAUCGCCCGGACAGCGGAGAAGUCCUCCGCUGUCCCGGGGUUUUAAAAUGCUGGGGGUGGGAAGAAAAGCCCUUGCCCCCAGCCUUCAGAAGAGGUCCGGGGACAGACUGUCCCCGGACCUGGUCUGAAGGCGGUUUCCCUAGGAACGCAUUAAUUGAUUUUCAAUGCAUUCCUAUGGGAAACCGUGCAUCGCAAGACGAAAAACUCGCAAGACGAAGAGACUUGCGGAACGAAUUAAUUUCGUCUUGCGAGGCACCACUGUAAUUAUUGCUGAGAGGACAGUGGAAUUCUGGCACCCAGCUAAAAUGGGAAAGCUGACAGCGGCCAGGGUUCACUUUUGGCCUUGUAGGAAGGAGGGUUGCUCUAGCCUUUGACAUCUCUGUGAUGGAAACUGGAGUAGAAAACCAGUUCAGUUUUUAGACCAAAGUGCUGGAGUCAGAGGGAUGUUGGACUCUGUAUCUGUUUCUGUGGUCCUUCCUUUGUUUUGGGCCUCCCCAUUUGGGGGCCUGGUCUCUUCCUGGAGGCCAUUUUGAAGAAGGAAAUGGCAGCCAAACAAAGUCACUCGCUGUGGGAUCCCUGGUUCAGUGGACAAAAUGUCAAGACAGGAAGAACAUAUAUUGAAACCAUGUUUAAAUAUGGUCAUAUUCAAACGAAAUUAGCAUUUCAUGACAGGAACCAUGUAAAGUGAGGUAAGUUCAUAAUGGAGGGAACGUGCUUCGUUAUAUCCCAUAAACGCACGGACAAAGGCUGCAUGUACUAAUGUAAAAUUGGUUGUACAUCAGUGCCAAAGUUUCCACACAGAACCCUGGAAAAUUUAAAAGGCGGUUCUGCCUUAGGCCUCUUUGCAGAACUAACCCACAAGACCUGAGUCGCUUCGAAUGAGUCAGUCGGUGUUAACUUGUCUUUUGGUUUGCAGCUCAGGAAUUUCUCAAGACAGCAAGGCCAAAAUAUUAAGAACUGGAGCUAGUGCAAGAGGUAUUGAUGUUCGUUUUCGGGAACUGUGUACGUAUUGUGGCAGAUUUAUUUGUCUCCUAUCUCGCAUAAAGACAUGUAUCGGUGUGACUGGCUUCAGGUUUGCCUGAACUAAGAUGUCCAAAUUUGAUUUUUAGUAUUCCUAUUUCGUUGUUUCCCAAAUAUGGAAAGAUACGAACGAAAUGAAAAGAAUGUUGACAAAUGAACAGGAGAAAUUUUAUUUAAAACAACGUUGACUGUGUCUGAGAACCUCUUUCAGAUCCACAUUUCCCCCCAAUGAACUUCAUGUGGUAUUUCUAAAUAGAGCUAGAAAAGCUCUAAAUUUUGCUUAUGGCAAUGAAUUCUUACAUAAACUCUAUACAGGAUGCUUAGAAAUUGAAAACAUUUCCCCUGCUUUGUUUUGAAGCACACACUAGUGAAGAUUUUUAUUAUUAUACUGAUUCCUAGGGUGGGCUAUAAUUGAGUGAUACCUUAAUAUAUUCUGUUUUUGGCUUGGUCCUGCACAGUUGCCUAUGAGUUCAGUGUUGCUAUGUGUAGGAUUGUACAUUUUGUAAUUAGAUUAAAGAUAGGAUACUUGUUUAAAAAUUAAUAGUGUGCCAUUGUACUUCCAUGCUACAAACAUUAUAACUUUCAUGAUUACCUAGGUGAAAAUUUAAGUAGUCUUAGGCUGCGACACUAAACACAAUUUCUUUGGAAGCUGCAUUGAAAUCUUGGGCAAUUUUAUUAUCCCAGCCAUAGGCCAAUGUAAGUUCAUCCAACAGCAGCUAUGUGUCGGUUAGCACAACAUACCAUGUUUAAAUCAACACUAAUAUGCCAAUAAAAACUGCAAUAUCAAAAGCAGAGAAUACAUUCUCAAAUUGUCCAGGAUAGCUAAUUACAUUAGAAACAACCCAAUUGGACCUUAACCUCUGUUUAGCUAUUGCAAAAGAUGCUUCUCCCCUGGCCACAAACCCAUUUCUGUGCGCAUAUUUUAUUCUCUGUGUCCAGUGAUGAUAUUUUUUUAGGAGUGGCAUGAAUAAGGAACAUUCUAGUAAAGACCAAAGUUUGUUUUUCCUCUUUCUUUAAAAUAUUUAUAUACCAUUUUUCUAUUAAGAUACAACUUCAGCCUAGAACAGUAAUAAAACACAUAAAAAUAUGAAACAUAGAGAACUAUCACUGCAGAGUGGGUAAAUGGCUUAGCCUUAGGACCAUCUCUCUCCAUAUGCAGUUACCCAGACUUUGAGAUCAUCCACUAAGACCCUCCUUUGUGUGCCUCCUCCACGAGACAACCCUUUUCUUCAUUGGCUCCCCAUUUCUGAAAUGCUCUCCCCAGGGAUGUUUGGCUGGCAACUUUAUUAUACACCUUUAGGUGCUAGACAAAAACUUUCCUCUUCUUCUAAGCAUUUGGCUGAUUGAUAUUUUGCAGGAGAAGGGGUUAUUCAUUUGUUUUUGUUCUUAUUUUUGUGUUUUUUAUAUUAUAAUUUAAUGUUGUGAACUGCCCUGAGAUCAACAGGUCUAAUAGGACUGUAUAUAAUUUUAAUAAAUAAUAAAAUAAAAUAAAAGUGCAGGCAACCUGCAGGUAAAAGAAUUAACAGGCCCAGCAGCUUCAGCCACAAAUUUAUCAAGGAGGAAUCAAAAUAGGGGAUGGGGAAGCUGUGGCUCUUCAGAUGUUGCUUGAUUACAAUUCAUGUAGCUCCUGCUGGCUGGAGUUUAUGGGAGUUGGGCUCUCAACAACAUCACAACAACAUCACUUUUGCUACCCUUUCUAUAUGAAUUGCUUUAAAACAAGCAAACAGAUGGUCUUUACAUUGCUCAAAAGACCACUGAGACAGGGAUUUCCAAAGUUCAGCCACAGAGAAGUCUCUGCCUAGUUCACGCCAAACAUCCUCAUAUGUUAGUGGAACAUGUAAGAGAACCUGCUGUCCCAGGCUCUUUCAGGAGGAAGAGUGGGAUAUAAAUUGAAUAAAUAAUAACCUCUGAAAUUCAUGAUGAAUGGGUAGGCUCAUAUUGAGAAGACCAUUCUUCAGGUAUUCUGGUCUCAAAUCAUAUUAUUAUUGUUACUGUAUACCGCCCUAUACCCGCAGGUCUCAUAUUGGACAGGAAUGGUGAAUAUAUGGCUCAUGGGCUGCAUUCAGCCUGUAAAGUUGUCUUCGGGGGCCUGCCAGUCCUCUGCCAAACUUUGAUGUCUCUUCUAUUCCCGUUUCCUUAGCACUAAGUCAUAUUAGCAGUGGUGCCAUGCCAGAGAGAGAACAGGUUAUUUUGCAAGCUAAGUGGAGGGCUUUCCUACUUGUUGCAGUGCUGGACUGGGAGAAGUGCUGCAAUCGUGAGGAAAAAUACCGUAUUUUUUGCUCUAGAAGACUCACUUUUUCCCUCCUAAAAAGUAAGGGGAAAUGUGUGUGCGUCUUAUGGAGCAAAUGCAGGCUGCGCAGCUAUCCCAGAAGCCAGAACAGCAAGAGGGAUCUCUGCUUUCGCUGCGCAGCGAUCUCUCUUGCUGUUCUGGCUUCUGAGAUUCAGAAUAUUUUUUUUCUUGUUUUCCUCCUCCAAAAACUAGGUGCGUCUUGUGGUCUGGUGCGUCUUAUAGAGCGAAAAAUACGGUAAUUGGUUCUGAUCUUCAGAAACUAGUCUCUGAAGAGUGAUCUUUUCUUACUCAAUGAUUCCCCUUCCACUGCUGCUUCUUACUGAUUGACAAGCAUCAAUCCUCUCUGUAUGUCUGGUGUGUAUGUGGUUGUGAAUGACUGAGAGCCUACGCUUUAAUGGUAUAGCUUCUUCUUGGUUUUAUUCAUAAUAAACCCAACUACUGGUGAUUGAGUCAGGUUGUGUAGAAAAAUAUAUUCCUGGUGAAUCCAGUAAAAGGAAUACAGAAGUUGGUCAUCCCUUAUCUGGGUAAUACAGAUUGAACAUUGUGGAUAUGUGAUGUGAAUGGAUACUAGUGUAGCCUGCUGUAGGGUAAAGAUGUUUAGAACUUUCAACUUCUUCCUUGGCUGUAUUUAUAUGUUUUGGUAUUUCUUCACACUUUGAAUGAGUUUCACUUGGGUGAACUUUUAAAUUCACUUUUGUCGUCAUCUUGUUGCCCUUGAGAGGGAGUUCACGCUGAGAAACAGUAUCUGAGAGCCAGUAACUUGCUUCAAGCUUUCCUACAUGUUUUGAGGUCUCUGAGUGGGGUUUCUUCGGCAUUGGAACUUGGCACAUUUUGUGCUGGUUCACUUGCAAAGAGACGUAUCCCUGGUAGCAGUUUGGAACAAGUUUAGGACUGUCUGAGCCAUGUCAUUUAAAAAAAUCCUGCUGAGAAAGCCCUGAAGUCUAGGAGGAUGGGCACACUCUGCCAAGUGUUAAUCUACUUGCUUUGUUUGUGUACAUUUGUGUGUACAUGCACACUCUUCUGGUUAAACAGAAGCUGGAAUAAAGAAGCAUGUCAAAGUUGUGCUGCAACACUACAACGUCGUAGUCCUGGGCUGAAAGCCUAUUGGCAAAGUGUCUUGUUUAAAACGUCCAAGUUUUUUAAGCAAAUGGUUCUUUCCACCCAAGUUUGAUUAAAUGGCAAGUGAUCUCCUGCUGGCAAAUGUAAAUUAUAGCCAUAGUCUUGUAUAAUCUUUUCACCCUUCCACUAUUGAUGAUAUAUAAUGUACAGGCUUUUCUUUUCUCAACCUUGCAACAACCCUGGGAGCUGACUUGGGAUGUAAGAAGCGGCUCUGUUUUUGUUCCACUGCAGUUCAUCUUUCAGUAAAAACGAUAUUAUUCACCUGCUGUUUAUAGCGCUGAAAUUAUGUAAGUGACAUUGUCAUUAUGUUAUUCCAUCCCAUUCAUUUUAUUACAAAGGAAACAGUACAAAUGUGGUGGUGGUGGGGAAGUUAUCAAUUUCAUAGUGUUUGUGGACAGAAAGCAACUGUAACAGUGAAUACCAAUUGUAUUUGCUGGAUUGAUUUCCAUUCCGGGCAUGGGAUGAAUAAGUGAAUAUUGGCAAUUUGUGCUUCAAUUUCCUCCAGACUUCUCCAAAACCCCUAGAGUAGAAUGAGUCACAAUAUUCCCAUUUUGCAGGUGGAAUGAGGCUGACAGCUGAUCUUCUGACCAAGGUGCUAGACUUGGGCUUGAACCCUAUUUUCUAGGGCUCACACUAUGGACUCUCUUUUCUGGGCUGUACUUAGUUUCUUAGGACAGAGGGAGCAGUUUCAUACUUUGACUAAAGGACUUCUAGCCCAGUACUGUCUCCUCUGAUUGGCAAUUGUUCUCUAGAGUCCUCAGCAGAUGCCUUCUAAUAUAUGCAGAAACAUUUGUAUGACCACUAACCACCCUCUCUCUUAAUUUUUAACUUUUCACCUAUUCUUGGGUGGGGGGAGUAACUGGUUUUGCUUUUGCUUUAUUGUGUAUUUUGCAUUUUCAUUUUGUCUUUUUAUGUUGAGAACCACCCUGUGAUCUUUGAAUGAAAGGUGGUACACAAAUGUAAUAAAAUAAAUGAAUAAUCUAGCUUUCGGACAGAAAACAAAAUACAACUUUCUUCCACAACUGUUCUUCAUUAGCGUUCUUUCUUUCAGUUUGCAGUGCUUGACUUGGGAGGAAGCCUUUCCUUUUUAUUAUGACUGUUUUCCAUAAAUUUUUGGGUGCAAAAAAAAAAAAGGCACUUUUUACUCCGAGGAGCUUACAGAACAAAGUUAAUUGGCAUCCAGCUCAGUUCUAUAGUUCAGGGCCUUAGUAAAGGUGUUGAGUAUGUCUUGAUUCAAGCAAAACAACUUGAUUCAGACCAUUACUCCAAUAUCACAGACCCUUGCAUGGCACAGCAUCUGUGUAAGAUUGCAUCAGGCAGCUUUGCCACUGUGCUUUGUGAAGCUGCUCCCUUGACAGUGAAAAACUAGAGGCUAGAGCCCAUGGAGCUUUGUAUCAGACAGAAUUAAGUGUUAAGAAAUAUGCUUUUCCAAACACCAGAUAGUUUGUGUUGACAGCCCUGGUAUGCUAAUAUUAACUUUCAAUGGGUUAUCUGUUUCUAAAGACUUUAAUUUGUUGUACCCCAGUUUUUAAUCCAAAGACAAUGGGAGCCAGGAAGCAAGUGAUAUCCCAUAGUCCAAACUCUGCUUCAUGUGUGUGUCUGUGUUUUGUCUGCAUCAGUUUGUCCUGUGAGAUACCUGCCUGCCUGCAGGUGAGAGUGUGCCUGCUAAAUUUAUAUCAAACUAACUAUCAGCUAAUCUUUCUACUAACAGCUAGUAGAAAUGGAAGAAUGUUAGCAUCUUUCUGGAGGACAGCCAGGCUUGAGGUGCUUAAGGCUGUGGUUGCAAUCCUUUCCCCAGCUCAGCUCCUAUCCUAUUACUUCAUUAGUUCUAACCCUUCUCCCCACUAUUUUUGUACUUGUGUCACAAUGUGUGUGUAUAGGAAAACCCUCAAACCCUGUAACCAAAUCUUCAGUUUGGGUAGGGUUGAUUUAUGAAACAGGAUAAAGAAGUAAAGAAGAUGAUGAUGAUGAUUUAUUUAUUUAUUUAAAAGCAUUUAUAAAUUGCUGAAUGUUUUAAAAUCUUAAUCAGAAUACAAAAGUACAUGUAAACAAAACAGUAUGAUAAAAAGAGAGACAAAAAUCAGUAAAGUAGUAGUAUAAAAACAGAUGAAACACAGUAAAGAUAGGGUCCAAUCUUAUGGGUCCAGGGCAGUAGCAAAAAAAUGCCCGUUUUUUGUUUCACUACCUAUUUUGUAUGAUAUGGUGCCAUGAGUAAAUUUCCCCCCAGAUCUCUUAAGUGGUCUUACAGGUCUGUACAGGGGCAGGUGAUCUUGAUCUGUUCACAGGUAACCUAGUCUAUUCAGUGGAUCAAGUGCUUCUUUCAUGGCCACUGGCUGACACGAUCAAAUACGGUACAGUAUUUCCUUUAGUUCAGGAAAUAGCAAUGGAGACAAUGGCUGCUUCUGGGUGACCAGUUUAAUGAGCGUUCACUCUGAUCUGUUUGUGGAGAGAUUUAUAUGUUGUUGGCUAUUCGUCCAGAUUUGAUUCUGGGGGAGAUUAGACAACAUUGUGUCAACCAAGCAAGUGGUGUUAUCCAAUAUUCUCCAGUGUAUUUUCCUAUGACUUUCCCUAUAAAAAAAAAGUCUGAACUUCUGGGGAAGCAGGCAUUUUUCACAAGAGCUCCAAAUCAGCUUUAGUUGUGCAACUUGAAUUUGUUGGGAUGGGAUAAAAUUCUACCUGGAAAUAAUGAUAGUCUGAAGGUGCCCAGGAUCAUUCCUAAAGUGUAUAUAUUGAUUGAAAUGCAAGUAGGAACUAAUGGGCCUCAACCCAGGCUCAGAUACAGUAAUGGGAAAAUUUAGUUGGAUUAUCUGGGUUCUCCCCACCCCUCAAGUCAAGAAAUGUAUGUGCAAACUGGCUAGUAAUUCCUGUACGGCAGGGGGUUGAACUAGAAGUCCCUUGGGGGUUACAUCCGAUUCUAUGAUUCUAAUAAAUUUUGAGGACUGGUAACUUGUUUGCAAGUCUGCAUAUACUAGGGUUGUCAUCUGGCUAAAGAAAACGUAGCUGAUUAAUCAUAUAAGUGUUAAUCUAUUUCAGCAGUUUAAUAUUGUUGUUUAUUAAUUGCCUUCUGCGCAAGCGUUUCAAGGUGAUGAACAAUAAAACUGUGAAAUACAGUUAACACAAAUGAAAUACAAGGGAUAGAUUUAAAAAGCAAAAACAAAACGAAAUCGACAUCCAUGUUAUAGACCCAUUCAUCUAGUUGGGAAAGCCUGUUGGAACAAAACUGUCUUCAGUUGUUCCAAAAAGGGCAGAUGGUGAGCACUUGUCAUCUCUCAACAGGAAUGCUGUACCACAGAAUAGGGACAGCCACACUGAAAGCCCUACUCUGAGUUAGUAUGAAGCAGACUUUGAUAUCUUUGGAACUUUUAGGAGAGCCAGUUUCUCAAGUAACCUGAUCCUGAGUUAGUAUAUAUGAGAAAAAGAUGUAGUUCUAAAUUUAAAAAAAAGUUACUUGUUAUUAGAUUAUGCAUGCAUAUGUUGCAGUUAGGCAUGAGUUUAGAGCAGGGGUCCUCACUGUGGGGCUUGCGGACACCAGGGUGCCCCCAAUGCCCCCCAUGGUGCCCACAAAAAGGCCCUGUGCCCUUUCCUGCUCCUUCAGAUGUGGCAGCCAUUUUGUGUUUGUCACACACCUCACAGCCACCAUUUGUGACUAGCGCCUGCACCGCUUCCUCAAAAAUCCAAAUGUGCACACUGGUGCAAGAAACCUCACUAUCCUUUCGUAGAGGCCUUCUCCCUUCUCACGCACUGGACUGAAUGCCUCUUAACAUAUGCUUGCGAUCUGCAGUACUUAUAUUAAACACUUUGCCAAAAUAUUUUAAAUUCCUUUAUUUAACCGAUUAAAUGAUGCCCUGACACCUACCAGUCUGUAUAAGGCUACAAUCUUGCAGUUACUUAUUUGGGAUUAAGCUCUAAGGAAGGGAGUGGUAUUUUAUUUUUUUAUAUUUGGUGGUGUCUCAGGAGACAGUUCUCUUUUCUCUGGAUUUCAUCAAUCCUGCAUGUUGGACAUAGUUUAGUAGUGUAUUUUUAACUAAUCCCAGAAUGUGUGCUCAUGCUGAUAUUUUUGUUGCUCAAACUGCGAGUGGAGCAUGUUACCAUGAAGCAUUAAUUGUGUUAUAGUGGAACCUUAUGGAAAGCAGGUUUCCUAUAGUGUGUGUAUGUAAUAUAUAGCUAGCAGCAGGUGCCAGACCGGGACCCCAAAGUAGCAAAGUUUUGUAAAGUCCAGACAGGCACAUUACUCUGUCGUCUUUAUCUUGUUGUUGAACCUUAAUCCAUUUUUAAGGCAGAAAUCUUUGAGUCUGCAGACAUACAGAUUACUUUCUGUGUGUGAGAGAGGACACUUCCAUAAGAACAAGUAGGAUCUGGAACACAAUAAAUGCCAAUUAAGAUCAGAGAUGUAAUUCGUCUGUGGGCAAACAACUUUAGUAACUCUUCUGGAAUAAAACGUGCUAGAGUCCAAUAGUCUUCUAUAUUCCCUUACCUGGCGACCUCCACAUUGCCAGCAUGGAAUAUUCUGCAGACAUUUCUCUCUUAGCUUCUGAGAACUGGUGAAGCCAUUUCUGCCAACCUGAUGUUUUAGGACCUUCAAAUGGAACUGAUUUGGUUGUGGUGGUUAUUUUUCCCCCUUUCGUGUUUUUCUUCCAUACAGCUGCUGUUGUGAAACAUUUCUUAUAUUUUAAUUUUGUUUCUGUUUUUCAUCAGAAAAUGAAGAGCUUGGCUCAAAGGCGUCAAUCGGCACCAUCCUUGGUUCUCAGCAAAGCGCUGACCAAGUCCAGAACAAGUGUCAGGUAAGGUGGAAUGUGUUGUUUCUGGCUGUACUUUUUUGCAGGUUUCCUGGCCCAGAUCAUAAUGUGUUAUUGACAAGUAGUUAACCACACAAGGCUGAAACGCUGUCUGGAGAGAGAGAUUGUAAGCCACCCCCACAGCAGCCUUUUCCAGGUGGUAUUGAUUCUGAAAAGCACGUACAUGUAUUGAGCAGAAUGUGAUCAAGACUUCAUAAACCAGGCUUCCCACAUUUUAAGAUAUCUUGGAUUAGAAUGUUGAUAAUUAAAAAGUUAUUUAUUUACUUAAAUGUAUAUCCUAUCUUCCUAGAACGCAAAGGUGGCAUUCAACUAAGUUUUAUUCAGAGUAGACCCAUUGACAUUAUGGAACAUGACUAAGAUCCGUUAAUUUCAGUUGUUCUACUCUGAGUAAAACUUAGUUUCAUACUACCUCAAGGCAGUAUAUACAGACCCGCUUACAUUUAGCAUCUUAUGAAUUGCCCAGGGAAUGUUUGUUCUAGGUUGGCCUAUAAAUGGCAUACAUACUUAAAAGAUUUUCCAGUGGGGAUCUUUGCAAGAAAAUUAGUUAUUUGAAUUCAAGUGCAAGUAGUAUAUGGCCUGCAGGCUGUAUGUAGCUUACAUACCCUUUCUGCAAUUUUUGACCUCUGGGUUAUAAUCUGUGGGAAAGCUGCUCCCAUGUAGUGUGUGAUUUCACAGGAUUAUGCAGAUGAAUAAAGUGCUCUGCAAGUGAAAUUAGUAUGAUGUAAAGGUCAGUUUGCUUUCUGAGGACCCCUGCCUGAUGUUGAGUGGGAGCCCAUUGCUAUUUACUGAAUGAACAUUAUCCUUUCACCCUUUCUCCCAAUUGAUCCCAGUCAGCAGUGUAGCUAGCUGCUCGGGUGCCGGGUGCGGCGCGUGUGUCCUGCAGCCAGGGGCAGGGCAAGCUGCCCAUGGGGGCGGGGCGCACUGCAUGGAGCCUCUCCACCACCGCCUCCUCAGCUGUAGGGCGGCUGAGGGAGAGGUGGUGGGCAGACGCAAGUCCCACGUUGCCGUUUUAGGCCGUGUGGAGCCUUCAGGUGCCCAAGCCACCACAUCACUCCCAGGAGACGUGUGUGGCUUGGGCACGCUGCAGGCCCCGCAGUAAGUACCAGCCAUGUCUUGUUACGUUUGUUGACUGAACUAAAAAGUUUCGUGAGCCAAAUUUUCAUUAGUAUUAUUUUUAAAAACUCUUAUUUUUGCCAUUUUGUCACCCCCCUCAGUGAUGACACCCAGGACGGCCCACACACCCUUUCCUCCGCCACUGACCCCAGUUUAUCCUUUCCACCAUCCUGUAGGCAGGUUAUGCUGUAAAACUGUGUGUUUGGUCUUACACCUUUCUAGUCCAACCUCUACCAUACUGGCUUUCCACUGAAGACAUGGCCCUGUGUUGAAAAUGAUUGGUGGGAGUGUGGUUUCCUGCCUUACAACCAACCUACCCAUUGUUUUGCUGUGAAAAUUGUUUUCAUUAGUCAUGAAUAUGUUAGUUGGCUUAUGAAGCUUUGAAUUGUGGAGAUAAUUCUGGCCGCAGUUGCAGUGGUGGAGGAAGGGGGUGAGGGGGCGGGCCACCCUGGGCGCUGCCGCUGCAGCUGCGAGUGGAGGAGCGUGCAGCUGCGAGCGAAGGAUCUUGCCACCAUCCAUACGGCGCCGUCCGUAACGGUGCAUGUGCUGCUGGGAUGUUUGCCCCGCCCCUGUGGCGUUUCCCCCACCCCUCGACACCUCCCACUGGGUGCUGGAGAGCCUUUCUUCAGCCCUGCACAUUUAUCCAUGCGCUAGGAACAAUUGAAGAUAACUCUAAUGAGCUGUAUAGGAGACUAUCUUAUCUGCUAGAGAUUGUGAGUUUCAAACUUCCUAUCUUCAGGGAACCACUUUCACAUUGACUUGCCUGUCCCAGAAAGCCUGCAUGCUGAAUCCCUUUGCUUGUGCAGCAAUCUGGAGCAUAUAGGGUGCAGUCAGUUCAUGUUGAGCACCUCACUGUAAACUUGCUCUUCAUGGACUUGAGUGAACCAUAGAGCACCUCUAGUACUUUUCAAGGUACUUUUCAAGGAAGUUUAUACUUGAUAGACUCGGAGCUCAAACUAAUUUCUAUGACACUGCAUGUGACUUGAGAUAUAUCUGGAUGAUAAGAUUUAGCUAAUGCUUGUGCAGCAUUUUCUACCUGCGUUGUCUGUCUUAAAGGGCUUAUGUAUCAACUAUCCUCAGAUUAACUGGCACUGGAGAGAUAUGUUUCUCUCUCCACAUUUUAAUGUUCUAUCCCAAUAACCUUUUGAAGCAAUUCCUACUAAUUUAUAUGAUAGUUCAUAUAAUUUACAGGGAUUGCAUCUGUGAAAGUAAUUGGCAAAAUUACAUAGGAGCACAGUUUCAAUGAACUCUGAGCUCAGUUCAGUUGAUUAUUUUUUCUCUUACUCGCCCGUCCCCCGCUCCCCAUAUUUCCUUCUCUGAUUAACAAGAAUUCAUUUUCUUCAUCAAUAAUCAAACAAAUGGUGUUUUGAUUUUCUGGUCUGUGCUCGGUAAAUGCUUGACUCUUGUGGAUAGCUCCUUUUUAUAAGCAGAAAAGAGCAAUAAGUGACAUGACCUCUGGUAUGUUCAGAUCUUCAAAUAUUUUGUUUUUAAAGCUGUCUUAAUACUUAGCACCCUCUUGUAGGCAAAACAUUGAUUUCAAGCUUAAAUGGAUUAUAACUUUAUUCUGGCACUAAAUCCUGUUGUUGAUACUUAGUGCACUGUCUUUUUAGUGGUUGAUUAAUGAUCUGUAGAUUACAAAACUCCUUUCCAAAUCCAACUUACAUCUGUGGGGGAUUAAUAUGAAUAGCCUUUCCUUAGCAGUUGAGUCAUUUCUGUAUUUAUUAAACAUAAUGAGGGAGUUUGGUCAGGAAAUAUUUAGAAAACCUAGUAAGUUUAUAGCUUCAUACCAUUUUAUGGUCCAUUCUCAAAUGUCUUCUUCGUACAUGUUUAUAAACAGUACCUCAACAUAGCAUUGGCCUAUGGGAUUAUCCCACUUCCUCCUCCUCCUCCUUCUCCUCCUUUAAAAACUCUGAAUGACUGUUACUAGGAUCCAACUAUUCUAACGUCUGCAAGUAGGUGGUAUUAGCAUUUUAUAGAAAUUACAGCAUGAUUGUAAUCAUGCCCUGGUUAGAUAAAGGUAGAUCCUGUUGACUUAGAAUCAUAGAAUUGUAGAGUUGGAAGGGAAUCUCAACUAAAGCAUCCAUGACAAAUGGCUAUUCAACCUUGGCUUAAAAACCUCCAAUGAAGGAGAGUUCACCACGUCCCUAGGAACUCUUUCGUUGCAUUACUGUGAGCAAGAUAGAUGGAUAUUUUUGUGCACAUCUGCAAUUUCCAUUUUGUAGAAAGAAACAUGGCAGGAGGCACCCUAUCCUGCUCUGUCCCAAGGUUCCAGGUUGAUACCUUUAGAAACAUUGGGUGGUGUUCCCCUGCAAAGAACGGCCCAGCCAUGUUUGUUAAUUUCAUUGGGUGUUGUUGUUGUUAGUCAUUUAGUUGUGUCCGACUCUUUGUGACCCCAUGGACCAGAGCAUGCCAGGCACUCCUGUCUUCCACUGCCUCCCACAGUUUGGUCAAACUCAUGUUGGUAGCUUCGAAAACACUGUCCAACCAUCUCGUCCUCUGUUGUCCCCUUCUCCUUGUGCCCUCAAUCUUUCCCAACAUCAGGGUCUUUUCCAGGGAGUCUUUUCUUCUCAUGAGGUGGCCACAGUAUUGGAGCCUCAGCUUCAGGAUCUGUCCUUCCAGUGAGCACUCAGGGCUGAUUUCCUUCAGAAUGGAUAGGUUUGAUCUUCUUGCAGCCCAUGGGACUCUCAAGAGUCUCCUCCAGCACCAUAAUUCAAAAGCAUCAAUUCUUCGGUGAUCAGCCUUCUUUAUGGGCCAGCUCUCACUUCCAUACAUCACUACUGGGAAAACCAUAGCUUUAACUAUACGGACCUUUGUUGGCAAGGUUUUUGGUGUACUCUUAAGUAAAACUUAAUUCACUUCCACCCAUUAUUUCCUUUAGUAUUUCUUUUAGUAGCAAAGCUGGGUAAUAAGUGCUGACAUAGACAUAAUUAGAACCAAAAAUGCGGCUACUGAGAAACAAGGGAAAGAUAUUGGAAUCUUUAGGGGAAUCCUAAGAUUUGCAGAAUUAUUAUUUUUUUUAAUCCCUAAGCGGACAACAUUUUUUAAAAGCCCAGUGAGAAUUGAUCGUGCUUAGCACCAACAUAUAAAGUUCAAUUUCUCUUGGAAAAGGAAAGUGGGAAACAGAAGGAGGAGCAAAAUGGCUUGAUUGAGCUCCUUAUAACUUAUAGUAUUCCAUGGGACGACUGGCACCAACAUUUCUGGUUGGGACUAAGGAUCACAGCAUCAUUUUAUUGCAGAGCCUCCUUGCAUAAAUAUAAUAUAAAUCUAGUUAAAACUAGGAUGCAGUCUACUUGCUAAUGGCAGUGUACCAUUAAGCACACAGUUGAUAAGAGCCACCCUACCCUUGACCCAUCAUUAUUAUUUCAGGCUUGUCUGGAUUCAGUGGAUUUAGUUUUGCCAGUUAAUAUACUGAUAGGACAGCAUUGGUAAUAUUCAGAUAUCCUUUCUAUUUCUAUGUUUGUUUUUCUCUUUCUUCCAUCAGUGCUGGAAGAUUUUACAAAAUGCUUGCAGAAUUUUUCCCUUUAAACUUGACUUUUGUGGGAAAUGCUAAGCAGGUUUGCACUAGACAUGUUGAAAAUGACAGUCCAGGUUUCAGCAAAAACUGGAUCUUGCAUUUAAAUCUGUUAAUAUCUGAUAAAAGGAUAGCUGGCUGUGAGUAUGGUACACAGCUGUAAUCCACUUGUUUACCGUUGGGACCUCAUUGUGUGGGAGGCAUCUCAAUGCUAACUCGUAAUGCGGUGCUUGAGAUAUGCCUGAAACCAAAUAAUUCUGUUCUUUUCCAAUUCUAGUAAAAAAAAAAUACUAAAUGAAGACCAGCUAACAAAACCCUGGUGGUUUAAGCUAUGCAAAUACAGAACUUUUGGGCCAAAACUGUUUUGUUUUCUUCAUACUUGCUUCCACUUCUACCCUGAGCGAAAGCAUUUCAAAAUUGAUUUAUUAUUAUUAUUCAUAGCCAUGGUUGGAGGCAAUAUGCUUCUGAAUACCAGUUGCUGGAAACUGCAGGAGGGGAGAAUGCUGUUGUCCUGCUUGAGUCUUGCUUGCAGGUUUCCCAUGAGCAUUUGGUUUGACACUGUGAGAACAGGAUGCUAGACUCGAUGGCCCACACAAGCAGGAUUGUAGCCUACCCAUCAUCUGCAUUGUGUGGCAAACAGGUUGCACUCUGGAUGUUGUGGACUGCAACUACUAUUAUCUCUAUUGGCCAUGUUCACAGGGGCUGAUGGGAGUUGAAAUUCACAACAUCUGGAGGAUACCACGUUGGCUAGUCCUGACCUAUAUAAACAACAUGGUAGGGUACUGUACAAAGCACAGACAAAAACACAAUAAAAUUAUAAAAGCACCAGCCAGCACAUCAGAAUAGUGAUAUGGAAAAACAAAGCAAGAGCAGCAGAGCAGGUCAAAGAGCAAAAUUCCCUAAAAAUUGCCAAGAAAACGAAGUACUGAUCUGGCACCAAAACAACAACAAUGUUGGCACCAGCUAUUCUGCAUAAAGAAAGCUGAUCGUUGAAGAAUUGAUGCUUUUGAAUUAUGGUCUGGAGGAGACUCUUGAGAGUCCCAUGGACUGCAAGAAGAUCAAACCUCUCCAUUCUUAUGGAAAUCAGCCCUGAGUGCUCACUGGAAGGACAGAUCGUGAAGCUAAGGCUCCAGUACUUUGGCCACCUCAUGAGAAGAGAAGACUCCCUGGAAAAGACCCUGAUGCUGGGAAAGAUGGAGGGCACAAGGGACGGCAGAGGACGAGAUGGUUGGACAGUGUUCUCAAAGCUACCAGCAUGAGUUUGACCAAACUGCGGGAGGCAGUGGAAGACAGGAGUGCCUAGCGUGCUCUGGUCCAUGGGGUCACAAAGAGUCGGACACGACUAAACAACUAAACAACAACAACAACAACAAUUCUGCAUGGAGAGGGCAUUCCACAAAUGGGACAGUACCACAAAAAACGUCUUCUGUGCCACUGAAUGAUGAGAACAUGGUUAAGAGCCCUCUCUGAAGAUCUGGAUCUGGUAGGAGUUCAGCAUAUAGAGAGCCAUAGUUUCCUCAUUUUUGCUCAUUUUUUACUUGGGUCUCCAGCUGUUUUUGGAGUACAAUUUCCAUCAUCCUUGACCACUGGUCCUGCUAGCUGGGAAUGGGACAUGGAUGGUGCUGUGGUCUAAACAACUGAGCUUCAAGCUUGCUGAUCGGAAGGUCGGCAGUUCGAAUCGCCGCGACCGAGUGAGCUCCCGUUGGCUCUGUCCCAGCUCCUGCCAACCUAGCAGUUUGAAAGCCACCAGUGCAAGUAGAUAAAUAGGUACUGCUGUGGCGGGAAGGUAAACGGCGUUUCCGUGCGCUCUGGCUUCUGUCACGGUGUUCAGUUGUGCUAGAUGCAGUUUACUCAUGCUGAUCAUAUGACUCGGAAAGCUGCCUGUGGUCAAACGCCAGCUCUCUCAGCCUGAAAGUGAGAUGAGCGCCGCAACCCCAUAGUUGCCUUUGACUGGACUUAACUGUCCAGGGGUCCUUUACCUUUACAUUUUACAUGCUAGCUAGGGAUGGUGGGAGUUGUAGUCCAAAAACAGUUGAAAGGCCCAAAGCCACCCCAGUCUAGAAUUAUCAGGAAUAUAUAUCUGCAGAAUGAGACUUUAUCAUUGCACUAUGAUUAUUGUUCAGAGACCAUCAUUUUAAGUUAAGCAACCUGUCUGUACAUUUUCUAAGAGAAGAUGGUGUACUUUGUACAGGCUGUAACCUUUUAAAAGGUUUCAACUAACUUGUGGUUUUGAAAUAUCCUUUUGUAAAGAUGUCAGAAAUGGAAAUCCCUAUGAUAGGCAAUAUAAUACAGUAGUCUAGAGAUGAAAACUACUUGUUCUAAAGGAAGAAUUUUUAAUAGACUUUAUAAAUAAAUGUAUUAGACUCCUGUUUAUAAUUUGAAGUUUAGAUUUGCAGACACUGAGAAAAGAUGUGGGUUUUUAGGCAUUUCCCUUACUUUCUUCCAUCCAUGUUGAAGAAUACCAAAGAUCCAUGUUUCAUGGAAAUCCUGCAGUUGUUUAAAUCACAGUAAAUGAUUUUGACAUGUUAUUUUAUACCCCUGUGCCAAAUGCUAAGUAUUUCUAGAUAACAAAGAUCAUGUGUAUUAUCUGGUAAUGCAAUAGGCUUAGCUCUACUAUGGAGAUACAGUGUGUACCCUAAAGAAUUGCACAGAGCGUUCUCAAGGGUUUAAUCAGAAGACAUGUGGAUCAUCUGAGCUAUGUGACUCGAAGUUGAUGAUGGAGAUCUAUUAAAUAUAAAUUGCCAAUUGCCAGAAGGCCUUAAUUGUCCAGUCCAAGUAGACAGUACUUUGUCCAAACUAUUGUGAAUAACAGCUUUGCCAUUCACAUUAUUUUACAUUUGUGUAAAAAUGAGUUGUGUAAAAUGAGUUUGACCAAACAGCGGGAGGCAGCGGAAGACAGGAGUGCCUGGUGUGCUCUGGCCCAUGGGGUCACGAAGAGUUGGUCAUGACUAAACGACUAAACAACAACAAUCAUACAGUUUUCUGAAUUUUGGUUGGUAUUCAUGAUAAACAAAAAAUUAACUUUCUCAUGAGUAAUCAUGGUACACUAAACUGGUAUACCUAAUCCUCAGUGUUUGUCUUGUAGAUUACCCUAAGCCAUUUUAAUGCAUAGAGGAGAGGUUAAACCUGUGAUCAUGUUGGCUGGGAUUGAAAGGAACUGAAGUCCAACAACAUUUGCAUGGGUCACAGUUUUCCCAUCCCUGGUGUACAGGAAGACCUCCCCUCUGGAAUGACUACAGCUCUGGGAGAGCUGAUAGCAGCUAUAAAUGAACUUGUCAAGAUACUGGCUGGGUUCACAUACAAGGGUAAAACAUGGUUAAUUUUGUCACUCUGGUUCACUCAACGAAUUGUAAGUCAUCUCAAGACGAGCAGACAAGCAGGGGUGUAGCCAGCUGCUCCGGCACCUGGAGGGGCGGGGCAAGCCACCCACGGGUGAUCCGCGCAUGGGGGCGCCGCAGUGAUCCGUGCCUGGCAGUGGCAAGCCCCAUGCUGCUGUUUCAGGUAGUGCGGGGCCCGAGCCACCAUGUCACUCCCAGGAGAGACGCGUGGCUCAGGCGCACUACAGGCCAGGCCCCGCGGUAAGUGCCGCCCCCCGUGGUGUGCCAUUUUGUCACCCCCCUCAGAUAUGACACCCGGGUUGGCCCGCAUCCCCCACACUCCCUUCCUACGCCCCUGCAGACAAGCCAUGAUAUGGUUUUUUUCAAGGCUUGAUUUGUUUUCCAGCCGCUAUUACCUCAUAAGAGCACCUGGGUUGAGGUGGCCAAAUAAACCAUAGUUAGGCAAAGCUAUGAAGUUUGUUCAUUAUGCCAGAUCAUAGUUAAAGUAACGUCCUGCCCUGCAGAAUGUUAAAUCAGAUGGCCCUUGGGGUUCCUUAUCACUGUACAGUUCAAUGAUUCUAUGAAGCCAUGGCCUCAUAUCUGCUGGGCAGGGUUCAGACCUCCAGACAAACCACACUUUAGUUGAACAAAUCAUGGCUCAAAGUUAUUUGUGAACCAGGCCACUAUCUCAGGUAUUGACUCUCUGAAUUCAAAAUGUGUGGGAUAUACAUGUUUGUCUGAAAUAAUAAUAAUAAUAAUAAUAAUAAUAAUAAUAAUAAUAAUAAUAAAUUUAUUAUUUAUACCCUGUUAUCUUGGGUAGUUAUAAAGUCACCGUAGUUGCAGUUCCUUCCCUAUUUGUAUACUAAAGAAGAUAAUGAGGCUUUUUGUAUACAAAUAACAAAUAGCAGGGGAGGUGGAUAAUAAUGUCUUAAUGCCCCUUGUAUAAAAACUUACGCUGAUUAUCUAAAAGAAAAAUAAGUUCUACCCAGCUGCCCAUCUUGUUUUAGGGCAAAUAAAAAGGUCAGAUUCAAAAGAGGGAAAUAUACAACAGUGAUGGCUAUGGAAGCAAAUGAUAACUACUGAAGGUACCACAAGCCAAAUGUUUACUGCUCUCAAAGCAGUCCAUUCCUAAGUGGAGGUGGAAUAUGCAUACACCAGAGAAGGAGGAAGAAGACGAAAUUAUUUUCAAUGCCUGGGAACUGCCGUGGAAGAAGGGAGACUGUGAAGCAUUUUAAUUUUGUUUUGAAAGGCUGUGUGUGUGAUAAUGAGAGCAAGUACUCUCCUUUUACCUGGUUAUAUCUUUUAGAAAAUAAACUUUAAGAUGGCACCAAACCCUCAUUGGCAUUGCGUUUUGCCACCAGUUAUAUGGGCAAUAUUCAGGAACUUGUGUUAAACAGUUUCCCCCAGACACACAUGUAUGCACACUCUAUUGCUGUGCUUUUGGAUGGGAGGUUUUUAAUAUUAGCAAAUAUUCCUCCAAUAAUGCUAUUCUCUGUGCACUCAUUUGGAGCUAAGCCCCAUUGGAAACACACAAAGAUGCAUAGGUUAGUUUGGGAUUACUUAAAAGGACCUCACAACCAAGUGUGCCACUGGUGUAUGUAAUAGUGGGGGGAGGUGUGUGUUAUAUGCACCGAGAAGAGGUUGAGUGCUUCUUCAUCUCUAAAAGCACAUAAGACAACCUCUACUAUUGAGUUUCAGAAGUUAAAGCUUUGAAAAUACUGCACACUCCCCCCCCCUACAGCCACCUUUGCAAGCAGCUGAAGAAUUGCUAUGUGUAAUAUUAUCACAUUGAGUAAUUGUGCUAUUGUAUCUUCAGCUGCAAGUCAUAGACAGACCCUGCAGGGAGCUCUACUGAGAGAGAAUUACAAUAAUCUAACCUCAUAGUUAUGAGGGCAAAUGUUGCUCUUAUGGAGUUGUCCCAGGAUAAAUAAGGAUAUGACCUGCACACCUAAGAAAACACCUUUGCUCAUCCCUGCACUGGCCUGCAUAGUUAGAGAAGAGAUAUAGUAAAAUCAAGGGACCAGGUUCUCUUAAAAGCCAGAGACUAGGAGAAAACCCUGCCCUUUCCUCUUUUGAUGUUUAUCUUCCAGCAGAAAGCUAAUGCCUGACGAUACGUAUAAUUUCAGUAUUUUUCCAUUUACUUAGAUUGGUAAAUCUGAUAAACAUGGCAUGGGGUAUGAUAUGGGAAAACGUGGGGGGACGGACACCCAGAAAAAUAAAACCACAGCCAUUCUCAUGUACUGAGAAUAUAUUACACUUGAGCAGUUUAGCUCUGUGAUAGGAACAGCUUGAACUUCUAUCCUUGCUACUUUGUUUUUCUAGUUUUGUUUUCCUCCCUAAUUUUUCUCUAGUUCAUACCCCUUGUAGCAAACUUCAAAUAGCAGUCUCCUGUUUGGGAUGUGCUACCUGCAUCCCGGAGUGCAGGGCUUACCUAGGAAGCCUACUAUGUGCCAAGCCAGUGCUUUGCUCCCUGUUACGUAGACCAUACUGGUGUGCUUGGUGCUGUCAUGCGGCAGGAUAUUUUUACCCAUGCGCACAGCAUUCUGCGAAUAUGAAAUUGGCAUGCUAAGCAAGAGCUCUUCUACAUUAAACUCUCAUGCUUCCCACAUAACAAUCAGAACUCAUGGGUUAACUUUCUUUGGAAUGUUUCUUUAGAAAGUUAACCCAUGAGUUCUGGUGGUUAAUGUUGGAAAUGGCCUUGAGCCCACUCAAGAAACAAAUGGCAAAAAUAUAAGCAGUCCAGUUCCAAGCUUGGUUAAUUGGAAGUCAUAACACUGCCCUUUCUCAAAGUCAAUGUGACUGAUAUUUCCCUGUGACUUUAGUAUAUCACGGCUGGAUCCUAAAGGAGAAAAGAUAAUAGAAACAGAUCUAGCUAUGUAUAAAAAUGUGGGAGUGGGCAGAAUGCCAGCAAAGCAGGGCGCUUAGUCCUCCUCAUAUGAAUUCAAUUACACCCAGUUCAAAUGACUGACAAUGCUAUUGCACAAAAUGAAAUUUUGGAUCCUCUAAUUCCUGUUUCAUUUGGGUCAAUUAUGAUGCUAGUAUGGGUUUUCCCCCCCUCUUCCAAAAUUCUGUGCACUUGAACUCAGGGUAUUUUUUGUGCAAUAACAACGAGAUAAAAUUUCAUUAAAACUGUUAAUAAGGGACAACAUGAACUCUCUGAGGCCUCCAGUAGGCUCUCUCCUCCCUCCCUCCACCCCAACCUCCAAGUUAACUUACAGACUUGAAAUCCCUGUCCUCCGCCGCCUCCUCCUGUGGUUUUCUUCCUUCUGUUUUUGUAGGACGUUUCAAUUCUACGGUUAUUACAUAAAAGUGGCUUAUGACUGUGUUUGUACACCUGGAAAGUGAAAUGGGCUGUUUCUACACACACACACACACACACACACACACACACACACACACACUUUUUUAUUAGAGCAAAAGGUAGAGUGAGGAAGGAAAAAGGAAGGUUCCAAAAGUGCAUUUUCUGAGAAUAACUUCGUUUUAUCCAGUGUGGAUCUAUAAUCAAGUUUUCUUUCUGCAAUAACUUUGCCCCUUCUAAAUCAGAGGGAAGAUUGAAAAUUUUUGCCCCAGCUCUGAAAAUGCAUUCACAGAAUUAAAUUUGUAGAAUGUUUAUUAGACCAGCAUUUGACCAGUGUUCAUCAUACCAAAUAGGGCAUUAAGAAAAAGAAGAAAAAGAGUAGAGCUGUGACUAGCAGAAUACAUUCUCCAACCAAAGAAGUGUCUGAAACUUUUUAUUGGAAAGCUAGAAGGGUUCCCAGCUAAGUGACCCAUUAUAUACUGCUUCUAAAUGGGCUUAAAAUGAAUUAUUUGCUCUGUGUCUGCCUUUUUGCACAGCAGGUGAGUUUCAAGAAUUGGGAAGACUUUCUCUGUCAUCUUCUCAACGAACCAGUGCAAUACUUCCAAAUAACAACCUGCUAAGGUUAGGUUCUCAACAGUCCAUAUAUUUGAAUGUCAGCCUCACCCACCAGUCUCUUGUACCAGGUCAUAUGGAAUCUGGGUCAUUCUGCAUUUACCACAGCUACCAAGUACAGAGGAACUGAUUGAAAGUGAAUAAUCACUUUAGUACAACAGAAUAAUUCCUAUCCAGUGGGACAUGUAUUUAAAAUAUUGUCUAAAGCUCUACAGAUGAAUCAAGGUUAUAGUUAUUCAUGUUAAGAGCGCAUCCAUUGUGGAAAAUUUGUGCUUGGAAAUUUUCCCACAGUAUCCACACAAUACCACCCUGGGCUCCUCUGAGAGAAAGAGUGGGAUAUAAAUUCAAGAAUAAAUGAGUGUGUGUUGUCAUCAGAAUGCUAGACCAUACUUUUUUGUUUUGUUUAAUCUGGAUUUCCCUUUAGUGCAGAAAAUCUGGUAAGGUAGAAAUAACCUGAUAUACUUCUGUAGUCUCUGCUGCUGUGGAAUCUUCCCUAGCACACUUUUUGGAUGGGCUGUUGUCAGGUGUGUGGUGAUGGUUCAGGGGAUAGCAUCUUUCACCACACCCGUAUACCUCUUUACUCCUCACAUGAACAGAUUUGUCAUGCUCUAUGAUUAUUUUUUAAAAAGUCUUCAGGGGCUGCUUAGUGCUCUGAGUGGGGUUUCUACUCUUUCUGCAAAUUAAGAUAGCCUUAGCCUUCUCCAGCUGGUAUUCAGCUUCAGCUUAAAGCACCCAAGGAUCCAGUUCUGCUGCUGGGAACGGUGAGAGGAUUCAAAUAACUCUUGAGCCACCUCUACCGUAUUUUUCGCUCUAUAACACGCACCUGACCAUAACACACACAUCGUUUUUAGAGGAAAACAAGGGGGGGGGGGGAAUUCUGAAUGAAACAGUGGAUGUAUAAUUUUUGUGCUUCAUCCUGUGGCCACAGACAUGUGAUCUGAUGGUGAAUUUGGGGUGACCCAAUGCAAAAAUCCUGAGAAUCCCUGUGGAUCUGUGCUUUGUAACCACGUUUUUGCACCAUUGUGGCCCCAGGCAACAGUGGGUGCGUGAUUUUUUUGGUGCAGGCUGUAGCCAUGGACAUGCUAUGUGAUCUGAUGGUGAAUUUGGGGUGACCCAAUGCAAAGAUCCUGAGGAUCCAUGUGGAUCCAUGCUUUGUAACCAUGUUUUUGCACCAUUGCAGCCCCAGGCAACAGUGGGUGCAUGAUUUUUGGGGGGCAGGCUGUAGCCAUGGACAUGCUAUGUGAUCUGAUGGUGAAUUUGGGGUGACCCAAUGCAAAGAUCCUGAGGAGCCAUGUGGAUCCAUGCUUUGUAACCACGUUUUAAGUGGGGAGGGAAGGAAAAACACAGAAGGGACAAGGAGCACGAGAGGGGUGUGCAGAGAAGCAGCUGGCUAAGAAUGCAGGAGAGGAGUUUAACGGGAGGGAGGAAAGGAAGGCAAAAGUUUCCCACCCACCCACCCAAGCCACCCCCCCUCUCUCCCACCUGCAUGUUUUCCGGCUGCCUGCGAGUCCCUAGACACAGCAGCAGCAGCACCGGAGCACGGAGAGGAAUUAGAAGGAAGGACGCUCUGCUUUCCCCUCUGCUUGCCUGGAGGGGAGGGGCUUUCCCUGCUCUUUGUUCUGUUUGAGCAAACACAGCAAAGAAACAGAAGAGGGUGGGCAGUAAGACCCUGAGGCAGAAUGCAGGAAAGCAGCAGCUUCAUCUCUUCAGGCUUCCCUUCUCCAUGACGCGCGAUUUGAUUUUUGCCUGAUUUUUGCCCCUGCACUCGCACCACUCGGCUCCAGGGACCACACAUUCGCUCAAUAACACGCACAGACAUUUCCCCUUACUUUUUAGGAGAAAAAAUCUGUGUGUUAUAGAGAGAAAAAUACGGUAACUGCUUUUUCAAACUUCCUGAAGAUUGUUCUGCAGUAGGAGAGCCGUUUUUUUGGUGGGGUGGACAACAAGAAGAGGCAAGCAUCUCUGUGCCUCAGGAAGCCCUCUUGCCCCCUCUAGCUGGUUUCAACCCCCACCCAACCUUUCUGAUGCUACAGGUGACUCUUGGCAUUACAGUGGUACCUCGGGUUACAUAUGUUUCAGGUUACAUACGCUUCAGGUUACACACUCCGCUAACUCAGAAAUAGUGCUUCAGGUUAAGAACUUUGCUUCAGGAUAAGAACAGAAAUCGGGCUCCAGCGGCGCGGCGGCAGCAGGAGGUCCCAUUAGCUAAACCACGUAUAAAGUGGUGCUUCAGGUUAAGAACAGUUUCAGGUUAAGAACGGACCUCCAGAACGAAUUAAGUACUUAACCUGAGGUACCACUGUACUUAAUUUACAGAAAGAUUGACAUUGGCAUAUGAACACAUGACACUUAGAGAAAGAGGCAGCCCCAGAAAACUUUAAACAUUUAACAACACUGACAAGACUAAUUUAAAGCACCGAUUUACAAUUAACAUAAUUUUUUGAUUAUCAGAAUUGUGUAGAGAGUAAAGAGGGGAAAUAUGAAAUGCAAUUAAAAAUAUAUGUAAUUUAAGGUAAUCAUGGACUGGGAGGGAGAGGAGUCAAGUGCUCGCGAGAGUGGAAUAUAAUGUGAAAAAUUUGAAUAUGUUAUAUUUAUAUAAAAUGGAAACUUAAUAAAAAUGAUUUUUAAAAAAUAGAGAAAGAGGCAGCCCCAUUUGUUUUUAUUAUAGUUAAAAAAAAGAACAAGCAAACUAAAUAGAUCGUAGAAUAGAGCCAUAGAAUCAUUGAGUUGGAAAGGACCAUGAGGGUCAUCUAGUCCAACCCCCUACAAUGCAGCAAUCUUCUGCCCAACAUGGAGACUCAAACCCACAUCCCUGAGAUUAAGAGUCUCCUGCUCUACCAAAUGAGCUAUAAUCCUACAGGAUAGGAGAAGGGGAAGUGAUUAUGGGGAGCGACCAAAAGCCACACCUGGAAUAUAUUCUGUCACACUCCAUGCACUGGUGUGGACAGCCCAAGCCUCAAAGUGGAUAUGUUGGAUAUGGAUAUGUUGAUUGAAAAAACAGAAAUGCGUAGACUCCCAUGUACCAAAUACACUCCCAGCAACUGUAGAUUGGAAUGACCCAUUUGCAAAAUACAGCCUCUGCCUGUACAAAGUCUAAUUCUAUGGUCUUGAUUUGACCUUUCAGAGGCUGUUCAGUCUUUUAACAUUCAGUUUGAGUUCCAGAUUCCAACCUGGACUUCGGUUGUAUUGAAAGAUUUCCCUGGCACCAGUGGUGGAGCUAAUGCUUUUUCUGAAACAACGGCGUAGGAAAUGUACAUCAUACUGUGGAAUAUGGCAUCUGGCCUGUCAAAUGGAAUUGAUUAACUGGAAAAGAGAAUCUCCAGUUCAGACAAGCUGCAUAUUGCAUAUUUAUCUGUAGGGGCUUCAGUGGUAAAAACAGAAUUUCACAAUACUGCAAACACCAAGGCAUCCUCUUCCUAUCAUGGGAGGGAGAACUGUGGUUGAGGUGCCAAAGGUUUCCCAUUUGUAGAUCUGUUUCCUGGUUUGGAAAUUUUGAAAUGUACUUUUAAUCCAGUGUACACUUCAUGGAUCACUGCCUUGCCGUGGCGAAGGGGCUUGAAUAACUCAGAGAAGCUAUGAGCUAUGCUGUGCAGGGCCACCCAAGAUGGACAGGUCAUAGUGGAGAGUUUUGACCAAACGUGAUCCACCUGGAGCAGGAACCGGCAAGCCACUCCAGUAUCCCUGCCAAGAAAACUCCAUGGACAAAGGCAACAUCACUGGAAGGACAGAUCGUGAAGCUGAGGCUCCAAUACUUUGGCCACCUCAUGAGAAGAGAAGACUCCCUGGAAAAGACCCUGAUGUUGGGAAAGAUUGAGGGCACAAGGAGAAGGGGACGACAGAGGACGAGAUGGUUGGACAGUGUUCUCGAAGCUACAAACAUGAGUCUGACCAAACUGCAGGAGGCAGUGGAAGACAGGAGUGCCUGGCGUGCUCUGGUCCAUGGCGUCACGAAGAGUCGGACACGACUAAACGACUAAACAACCAACAACACUUUUGCAGUUUGUUUUACUUGCAUAUAUACAUUCAUAGGGUUGAGAUGUUAAACAGUGAUGAAGAAUAGGGUUUUGGUUUUUUUAAGAAAGAAGAAUCUAACCUUUUUCUUUCCUCUUCUGAACUCUGUUAUUUGAGUUCAGGAUCUAGUUGUUGUGAUCGACAUGGAAGAACAACAGAGAUCUUUGUGCUAUGUAAAAGACAUAGCAGUGCUAUUUAAUUGAUGUAAUUGUUACGGGAAUGCUGCACAAGGUGACUUCUGCUAUGAAUAAAACUUUAAUGAGAGUGGUGGUUUGGGAACAGAGGGUCGAUUCUUCUGCAGUCUCUAUUUCAGCAUACAUCUCUCUUUCUAUAUUUAUAAAUAUUCUUCUGGGUUGAUAGGUAUGCUCUGUAGACAAGUUGCUUCUACUCUUUGGCCUGGUUGAGUUCAGUGUUUGGGGUGGGAUAGAUGCCCUCUGAGUGAUCGCUCCUCCUCCUUGCUACUGUUGGUGCUGCCCGUCCAUUUGUCUUCUUCAGGCCCAAUUGCAAAGCCGUGCCAGAGGGAGAAGGUAAGGCAAGUGGGGUCUCCUGCUCCUCCCCCCUGCCACUGUUCACUCACGCAAAGAGGAUAGCAGGUGGACAGGCAGCAACAGCAAGGAGAUGCAGGGCUUGAGCUGCGCUGGAUUGGGCUGAUGGGAGUUGUAGUUUAAAACAUCUGGAAGGAACCAGGCUGGGGACAGCUGCUCCAAACUAUGGAGGAUUAUCUGCUCAUGGAUUUUGCUGCUUAACUUUUUACUACAGAACCUUGAAAGCCAUUUUCCUCUAAGUCUUGGAUUCUUUCAUCUUGCUAGUGCUUAAAAUCUUUUUCCAGAUUCCUCUAGCCACCUCUUUUACUUUUACUUUUCACUUCAAACAUUAAGCACUGUGCUCUGGUUCAGGACUUCUCUCUCUCUCUUUCUUUUAAAGUUUUUUUAAUGAUUUUCAAUUUUAUACAUUUUAAAAAUUUUAUAACCAUUUUAACAUUUCAAAACUUGACUUCCUUCCCCCUCUUUCUGUGGUUCCUAAAAUUAAUUAUCAUUUAUUCAUCUGCUUUAAAUAUAUACACUUUUAAAACUGCAGGUUAUUAUAAUAAUCCUGCCAAUGUUCUUAUCUGUUUACAGUUUAUUUGUAAAUAUUCAAUAAACCAUUUCUAUUCUUUUAUAAAAAAUUUGUUAUCUUGAUUUCUUAUUUUUCUGGUAAGUUUUGCCAUUUCUGGCUCAGGACUUCUCAAAGCACACCUGUUCUGAGGUGUGCCAGAAAGGCAGGUAGACAUACAGCUCAGGACUGCAAUACAUCAAGGACCGCAAUACAUCAAGCCUCUCCCGGAGCUUGAGAUCGUUAUCUGAGGCCCUCCUUCAUGUGCCGUCUCCACGAGGGGUUUGGAGGAUGGCAACAUGAGAACAGGUCUUUUCUGCAGUGGCUCCCCCGUUUGUAGACUGCUCUCCCCAGGGAAGUUCACCUGGUGCCUUCAUUAUACAUCUUUAGAUGCCAGGCAAAAAUGUUCCUUUUCAGUGAGGCCUUUGGAUGAUUAACAUCUUAGGUACCCCUGCCCGUACGGGCCAGUCGUGUCCAACUCUAGGGUUGUGCACCCAUCUCACUUAAGAGGCUGGGGGCCAGCGCUGUCCAGAGACACUUCCGGGUCACGUGGCCAGCGUGAUGAAGCUGCUCUAGCGAACCGGCACCAGCGCAGCACACGGAAACGCCGUUUACCUUCCCGCUAUAAAGCGGUACCUAUUUAUCUGCUUGCACUUAGGGGUGCUUUCGAACUGCUAGGUGGGCAGGAGCUGGGACCGAAAGACGGGAGCUCACCCCGCCGCGGGGAUUCGAACCGCCGACCAUGCGAUCGGCAAGCCCUAGGCACUGAGGUUUUACCCACAGCGCCACCCGCGUCCCACAACAUCUUAUAACAUUAACAUCUUAUCCCCCUUUUAAAUGUUGGAGGGGAUGCGAGGAAGGGAGGAGAAGAAUUGGUUUGUUCUUUUUGUUCUUGUUUUUAUUGAUUGUUUAGUGCUUUUAUAUUGUAUUUUUAUGUUUGUGAACCACCCUGAGAUCAGCCAACAAAAGGCGGUAUACAAAUUUAAAUUACAACAACAACAACAGUAUUUACUAUAUUUUUCACCAUGCUUUUCAGGCAGUGAUUGGAAUAUGGAGGGGAAGGUUAGAGGAGAAAGAUCAGUUCUUCAAGGCCAGAACAAAAUGGCGAUUCAUAAGAUGGCUUUAUAUCUGGCUCUGGCCAGUUCGAUCUGUCUGUUGCUGGUGUUGUUGCUUGAAUAACAACAGUUGGUGGUUCUUGUUCCACCAACCGAUGGAUGGCAUCUGGGUGUUCUGCUAGUAUCCUUUUGAAUAGGCAACUGUCAUUUGGAGAGGAGUUGUGGUAGAGCAAGAAUUGUUUGAGUUUUGAUUGUUGCAGCUUUGAUUGUUGCAGCCACAGUGAUUUUUCUGGUAGGAGCAAAAGUGCCUUCCCAGCGAUCCUUGGUCCCUGAAAUAUACUCGGAGUCGAGAGUGGAUUUCAUGCUCUUUAUUCAGCUCAUAGUGCUGAGGAGGAAUGGAAGUUCCCCCAGAAUGUCUGCUUUAUAUACAUUAUUUACACAAUGGGCCCCACGUGAUUGGCUAAUUCCGGGAUUCUCCUGUAGGCCAAUCAGGUUGCGGAAUCACUUCCACCUGGAGCUGGAUUGGGUGGCUCCUGUGGACCAAUCAGACUGCUUCAUUUUGGAUCCUAUUCAACUCAGUACAUAACAGUCCCCUAAGAGGGAGAGUGAGUAAGGCGGCACAGGUAGAAUGAGUUUGAAGCAAGCUCUCUGUUGCUCUUCCUUCUUUGAUUGUUGGAGCCACAGUGAUCUUUGGAGAACAGUCAGUCACCAUUUGACAUACUGGCUUUAUUAAGCUAUUUUGCAAGGCAUGUGCAAAUAAACGCUGAUUUCCAGUGGUCUGGCAGAUCCAAGCUUUUCCAGAUGUUGUUGGGAAUUGUUUUGUUUGGCUAUCAGAUUCUGCUUUUUGUUUUUUGCUCAUGUGGAUAAGUGGUGUUUUUUAUAUCACGGAGGUUUGUACUUGAUGCGCUGUUUUAACACCAAUAAACUUAUGCUGAUAAUAGAAUCCCGAUUCCUAGCUGCAUCUUUUCCAAAAAGUGCUCGUAUAAUGGCAUUAUGAUAGUGGCAAUUUAUUGUCAAUUCCUUUCGUAAUGAUUGCUAGAAUUGAAUUUGCCUUUUUCACAGCUAUCACACACUGAGUGAAUGUCUUCACUGAGCUAUCUAUUAUGACUCCAAGGUUUUGUUACUAGUAAGUCACCAUCAUGGGUGUAGCCAAAUGGGGGCAGGGAGGGAAGUUGCCCCCCACACACAUCAAUAAACCUCAAUAAAAAUACAUAGCAAACUGAAGUUCUGCCCACCCCCCAAGCAAAAGGCCUGCCUCCCCCAACAAAAUCCUGACUACGCCCAUAGUUACCACCAGUUCAAAGCACAUGAGUGUAUAGGUGAAAUUUAGGGCGGAUGUCCCAGUUUUCAACAGGAAACUGACCCUGAGCCCAAAUCCUGCUUGGUAGAGGCCCAUAGCUGCUUUUUCUUCAAAAUAAGUGCCCAGUUUUUAGCACACUUCCCCUCAGAAUGAAUACAGUUGUUUGACCAGUCUCUUGGCUGCUGCCCUACAUUGGCUCUCUAAGGAAGAUAAAAAUUCAGCUUUCAUCUCUACAGGUGAAAUGCUUAUUUAAAACUAAAUUUUAAACUGGCAACAAAACGUAUUUCAGGCACAGAGGGCUGCAUCCUGUCCUAGUAGUGAUGAAGGGCCUUGCUGAAGGGCCCUUUCUUUUUUCUUUUCCAAAAUCAUAAGCUUUUUUAAUCACAGAAGUACUUCGACUGUUACAGAUUGGCCAUUGUUAAACAAAAGGUCCGCAUUCUUGGAAUGAGGCUGGCCUAGAGCUGAAGGGAUCCGGUUGAUGGUAAAAUUUCAAAACAAGGUUGGCCGUCCUUAGGAGAAAGGAAGUUCGAUGCUUUCCUGCAUCCGUGUACUGUCUAUUAAUAGUAUAAUACAGCGACUUCAUUGGAAAUCUGGAAAGUUACUCUUAUUUAUCCCAGCUUCUCAAAAGAAAAUAAUCAAAACAAAAAAUAGCUGGCAUUUUUAAAAUAAAAUGUCUCACAGAGCAAUGUUAUUUAGGGCUACUCAGACGUAAGCUCCACUGAGUACAUUGGGAAUUACUCUCAAGCAGUGGCCUUUGGGGGAGAACUUACCUGACCUGGCAGGUGAGUCAACACAGCUGCUUACUGGGAGGGUGAGGUAGCAGGAAGGGUGUUAAGGUGCAAACACACCAGUAGAUCCCAAUCUGGCACCCCUGCCAGUGUGUUUGCCCAUGCUGCCCACCUCACCCUCCUCCUCCUCUUCCUUCCAGUAAGCCGCAGCAUCUCACCUGCUUGGAGAUCAGGUAAGCACUCUUUCCUCCAAAACCAUUUACUGCUGUUCCCAGGUAAGUAGGUCACAAUCCUGUGCAUUAAACUAUAAUGCUGUGCCUAUUAACCCAAGUGGAAGAUCCAGUGAACUUAGUGGAGAUUACCUCUGAGUGACGUGAUCAUAGAAUUAGAAUUAUAGGGUUGGAAGGGACCCCGAGGGUCAUCUAGUCCAACCCCCUGCAAUGCAGAAAUCUCUACACACAGCUCCCCAUCCAAUCUCAAACCAUACUAGACCCUGCUUAGCUUUGCAAAUGCGCUGGCAGUUUUAUUGCUGGUCUCAGACCUUUUAAAUAACUUAAGUAUACUUGGCCUCUCUGUUUUUAAAUCUGUGUUUUAGCUGCAGGUGGUGCAGUGAGUUUUGCUUAUGUUUACAUUUACAUAGUUUUCAACUUUAUGACUUUGUCUUAAAAAGAACAAAGUAAAAAAACAGUAGCACUACUUCACUAUGAAGAAGAAGAAGACCUAAAAGAUGGGAAAUCAAGUAAUUAAACCAUUCUACUUCACAGGAUUGGAAAUGGACAUUGGGGCUGUUAAGAGAUGCUGUUCAUCACUAAUCUCCCACUCAUGUACAUCAGGAGACACUCAAACAGGCUGAGCCUUAAAACAGGGUUUAAUUACAGACACAGGAGCCAUUAGAAGCUUUGACAGCAUUUUACCUGCCCACAUUAGACAGGCUGAUACUGCCACUGUCUUUUAUUAGAAAAAAAUAGCCACAAAUCAGAUCAGGGAAGGGAAGCAGGAAAUGGAAAACAAAGAAACAGGGAGAAGCUACGAUCUGACAGCAAUGCUGUCUAGUUGGCUCCGUAAAAAUAAAGAAAAAUAGAUUGGACAAAAGAUGGCACAAAAAGGCCUAGUGUGGAAGCAGCAAGUCUUCUCUUGCAGCCAGGAAGAGUUUGUGAUUAUUAUUUUUUUGUAAGCUUCCCAGAAGUUUCUGGCUGGUUGCUGUUGAAAGCUGGAUUCUGGACUCGAUGGCUUUUUGGUCUGGCCCUUUUUCACCAGGCCAAAAUGGUUGACCAGUCUGAGGGAAUGAUAGUUGCCAUUUAUGGCCUUUUAUCAGAACACAAAUUAGCUUGAAUUAAGCAGGACUUGUUUGUAAGUAAAUCUUAGACUAAGAUCUUGGUCACAGGGAAGGGAUAUUUCUAUGUAAUGGGGAUAAGGACCUUUUUCAGCCAAGAGCCACAUUUCGUUGUGGGCAGCCUUCUGGGGGCCACUUGGGCAAAGCAAUGGAUGUACAUCUUACAUUUGCAGAAUAGGCUACAUUACAAACAAGCAAGAGUUCCCAGUUCCUAGUUGAAGGAUACCUUCCAGCCAGGCAAAAGGAUCCAAGGAGGUUGUGGCCUAUGGAGAGUCCCGAGGUCCAAAUAGAGAUGCCUGGAGGGCCAAAUUAGGUCCCCAGCCCUGAGGUUUUUAAGCAGAGGUCAGAUGGUCAUCUGUCAUGGAUGCUAUAGCUGAGAUUCCUGCAUUGGAGUGAGUUGGACUAGAGUAGGGGUCCCUUCCAACUCUGCUAUUCUAUGAUUCUAUGAACUCUAAUGUGGAAGUGAGUAUAUAUAAGGAUGUAAUACUUGUAAGAUGCCAGCUGAAUAUAAUUUAUAUAUGUGGUCAAAUGGAUUAAAUUUGUGUGUUCUUGCAACUGUGGCACCGCCUUCAAGUGCUCUAUAAAUAGCUGUGGUACAUGUUUACUUUUUGCCAUAUUCUCCCGUCCUCUGAUACCCAGUUUGGAGGUUCAUUAUAAGAUAAUAGCUCUGAAUGCAAAUGAUGUAGCAGGCAGAAUUAGUUAAUUAUCAGCACUUUGAAGUCUGCUAAUAAUGAGAGAUCAGUUUGGUUGCUAAGAUCCAGUUAGUUACAUGUUUAAGUCACAUUUCUUCAAACAAGCUUUGAAUUAAUAGUGCACCAAAGGUUUCUUCUCAAGAGGAAUUGUUGUGAGAAUCUGGAAAACUGGCCAUGAAAUAGAGCAGAGGCUGCCAUCUGCUCAUCAGAAUAAUCUUUUUCAGAGUGAACUUGACCUAGCUUUGUCAUCUUUGGAUAAUACCAAAAGAGAGUGUCACAGCAUCGGUCCUCUCAAUAUGUGGCAUGAAAAUGUUAUUUGACACAGACUGGGUAGUAAAGGAAUUAGAGCAGGAAUAAAAUAAACCCAGGCGGAAUAAAUUGUACAUUAGAGCACUGUGGUCUAAGUGGGUGCAACGGGCCCAGUGGGUUCUGUUUGGCAGUGUUAGGGUUAUAUAGGUUAGCUGAUGCCAGGUUCCCCAUCUAAGUUUUCCCAUUUCUGUGGAUGGCCAUCUGUCAUGGAUGGUUUAGCUGAGGUUCCUGCAUUGCAGGGGGUUGGACUAGAUGACCCUUGGGUCCCUUCCAGCUCUAAGAUUCUAUGAUGUAUAAAGGAAGGAAGACAUGAAUAAGUCAAGUGGAAAUGGCAACCCUGAUAUAGAUAGAUAGCUGUUGAUAAAUCAGUAUUUAGUUUUAAAUAUUUAUUCUAAGUUGAGAAUUCUCCUUGGCCCAUACCAUUAUGAAAACUAACUAGGUUGGGGGUACCAGGGUUUUCCUGUUCUAGUCCAAGUGCAUGAUGAAAAGUUUCCCCUUCUGCAAGCACAAACUUCUGGGCAUGUGGCAUGACUCCGUUGCCUGCAUUGCUCAUAAAAUCGUAGAAUUGUAGAGUUGGAAGGGACCCAAGGGUCAUCUAGUCCAGGCUUCCUCAACCUCAGCCAUCCAGAUGUUUUUUGCCUACAACUCCCAUGAUCCCUAGCUUGCAGGACCAGUGGUCAGGGAUGCUGGGAAUUGUAGUCUCAAAACAUCAGGAGGGCCGAGGUUGAGGAAGCCUGAGUCCAACGCCCUGCAAUGCAGAAAUCUCAACACAUGGUCUCUCAUCCAAUUUUAAACCAUACCAGGCCCUGCUUAGCUUUGCAAAUGUGCCAGCAGUUUUAUUGCUGCACCUCUUACAAAGGUUAGGACUCUUAUAAGGCUACCCAGUGGUCUUCAUGGGGGAAAGUGCAUGAAGCAUAUGCCAAAAUCAACCCUAAGUGGCCUGCAUUUGCACAGUUUGUCCAAUUGCCAGUGCAGAUGACUAAUUGAAAGGUACAAGUUUGAGGUGUCUGGUGGAUACGUUGACAGGUUCAACUUAAGUGGGGAGGAGGAGAAACCAGGUUUGAAUUCUUCAGACAUGAAUGCAACAGUUCUGGUGCUAGGAAUGGUAACCAGACAUCUUUAAUUUACCUUGCUGCCAUGGUAGGUGUCCCUUGUGGGAUAUGGAUUGGAAUUUGCUUUUGUGUUCAUCAGUAGUGCUGGAAGCAAAAGGUAUUUUUCUCCCAGUCUCCUAAGAUUUUUUCCCAUUCCCCAUCACUUGAUGGGUGAAAGCCAACCCAUUAUAGGAUUAUCACCAGCAACUUGACUCUCGUUGUUGGGUACUUGCCUAAGAUGAUAAGAAGAGUGAACCAUUAUAACUCAGCACAGGGAUGAUUGUUUAUAUCAGUUUCACACAUUCAGGUAGUAGAUGACUACAGUUGUCACUCAAAACUAGUGGCUCACGCCCCUUUUGCAAUAGUGAGAGGCUUAUUCCAUUUGGAUGGAAUAAAAAUAUAUGAAAGCUCCCCCCGCCCUUGUGUAAAAUUACCGUAUUUUUCGCUCUAUAAGACGCACCAGACCACAAAACGCACCUAGGUUUUGGAGGAGAAAAAGAAGAAAAAAAUAUUCUGAAUCUCAGAAGCCAGAACAGCAAGAGGGAUCACUGCGCAGUGAAAGCAGCAAUCCCUCUUGCUGUUCUGGUUUCCGUGAUAGCUGCGCAGCCUGCAUUUGCUCCAUAAGACGCAAACACAUUUCCCCUUACUUUUUAGGAGGGAAAAAGUGAGUCUUAUAGAGCAAAAAAUACGGUAAUUGGAAGGUAGUUUCCACGGCACAUCUAGAUACGGGUAGAUAUCCUUAACUGUAUUACCUGCUUCUGUCUUCCUGUUAUCUUCCUUUCUCUCCCAGCCCCCUUUUUCACUGCUAAAAAAAAUGGGGAGGAGAUACUCUUAGAUGGAAAUGGUUUUAUCUUUGAACAGUAUGUUUUUAAUUCUAAGGGCAUAGGUUGGGGUGGAGAAUCUGCUAGUAACAACCAUGAUACUUGGCUAGAAAAUAUAUUUUCUAGAUUCUUUAGACUGCUAAAGCGUCUAACUGUGCAACAUACCCGCUGCUUUCUUUGAUUUCAGAGGCAUGCUAAUAAUAAUAAUAAUAAUAAUAAUAAUAAUAUGGUGAUAGUUUAUGGAAUUUCUAUUUCCAAGGGGUUAUAUACCCGGUUUUUGCCCAAUUAAAUUAUUAGCAUGGGGCUCUUGCAAAGUAGAACGAGCAAUUUGUGCAAAGUUGAGCUGAAAAACAGAAAGUGAAUGGAAUGCCACAGUUCUCCAUGGUCCUUUAAGGUGGGAGUUGCUUUGGCAAAUGGGACACAUUUUUUUAAACAAAACCUUGCUGGAUUGGACCAAAGCUCUGUUUCUGGCAGUGGCUGCCUGGAGGACGCUUCUGAGAGCCUUGCAACUUCUGAAGGCAACAAUUCUCUCACUGUUCUCUAUCCCCAGCAUCUGAUAUUCAGAGGAAUAUUAUAGGCUUGUAAGUAGUUAUUUGUGUGCUUGCAAAUGGCUAAAAAUUAUUGUCUCUGUUUUGUAGAUGGCUUGAUUUCAAAUGUUCAUGGUGCUUCUCAUAGAUCACAAUGUUAUAAUUACCAUAUGGGGUGGGGGACAGCGAGGCUUGUGGAAUUCUGACUUGCCUAAAAUCAACUAGUUGCCUUGUGGCUAAGGGGGGGGGGGGGGUUGAACUAGGGACUUUGGCACACAACUCAAUUUUUUGUCUGCUGUGCAGAAAUAGUACCACCAAAUCCUCCAGGGCAGCCCUUAAUCAUUCUUCAUUCUUUUAAAAGUGCAAUGUUACCCAAUCUAGAUUGGCUCAGUGUUGUUCCAUUUCCCAGUAUUUAACAAGUCCGUUGCUAUCCCUUUGCUACACUUGAUUUCUAUGCCUUGUAGAUUGCAAAAGCCCAGUUCCAGUUUUGCUUCAAUGGAUGUUGAUGCUAGUGCUUCUGUUUAAAAUUAUAGUAGGUUAGUAGGUUUCUAAGAGGCGUCAUGAUUUCUUGGUUCUGUUUCAUCUAGCAAUAGAUAUUAAAAUGUAGUAUUAAAAUAAACAUUUUGGCAUUCACAUAAUAAUGAUAUUGGUUUUAUUUAGAAACACUGAUGAAAGCUUUGGAGGAAGAAACUGUUUGCUUGUGGGCUCUUGGUUUAAUUUUACUACUGCAGAUGAUGUCAUAAUGAUGUGAGACCAACAAUGUUUGUUUUCACUCUGGUCGCAGCAGGAUGUUCUCUUCGAUAUUUAGCUGCUUCUUGGUGCUAGGCGCAGAGUUAUCAGUUACCCAUAUUACACAAAACCUGAUGAAGCUCUUUCAGGAUGACUUCAGGAACCUGCUAGCUAAGUCAGAGGUCAGGAUGUCACAUAAUGAGGCAAAGCACAGAAUGGGUUUAGGCAGAAUGACUGAUUUUGCCAUGAAGCUGCAUUGCUCUGAAAACCUUUCUUUGACCAAUGGUGCUGUCCAAGCAGGACUUUGGGGUCCAAGGCCCUAUUUAGCGACAUGACCUGAAGGGCUGCCAAAUGCAGUAGGGUGGGCUUAACCACAUUGUUAAGUAAGUGAAGUAAUAAUAAUUACCGGGGAGGGGGGUUAAACUGUUACAUACAGAGUCUAAGAUUACUUAUUGCACCACUGUCUUUCCCCUUUUGGAAGUUUCCGUUUUACCAGAUAUAUUUUAAAAAGGAAACAAAGCUCUGGUUGAGAAUUACACUGUCAUUUGGGGAAGGGGCAUGGGCAUGAAUUGUCCACAUCCAAGAUGACACAUUCCUUGCCUCUUGUCAUUUCCUGUGUUCUUGGAGCAAGUUGGCUAAAUCCAGAAACAGGGGAGGUGAAGUUUUUGUCAGACUAAAGCUGUCUGUCAAAAUAACUUGGGGCCAACUAGAUCACACUUGUUUUUCCUUAAGUAAUUAAAGGACCAGGGGAAUCCAGUUCUCACUCUGAAAGCAGCACUUGAGAAGGAGAGAGUUAUCCCAUACCAUUGCUAUAUAGCUCCGUUGGUUAGAGCAUGGUGCUGAUAUCACCAAGGUUGCAGGUUUGAUCCCUGCAUGGGACAGCUGCAUAUUCCUGCAUUACAGGGGGUUGGACUAGAUGAUCCUCAGGGUCCUUUCCAACUCUAUAAUUCUGUUAUCCUAUCUUGUAAUUCCCUGCUGAUAGCAGAAUGGAGAUUGCUCUCCUCACAUACAGGGCUAGGAAAAUUAGGAAAAACUGGUACCAAUGGGGAUCCCCCCCCAAACCCCCUCCAAACUGUGUGGCUAAUCUCCAUGUUGUCUGCUUACUGGGUCCUGGGGUGGGCAGUGGUUUUGACCCAUCACAACAGGCCCUGAUCCUGGGGAAGCAGUGCUGGGCUAGGUGGCCAGCCUUUGGGAAAUUCCCAGGCUGGUCGCUUGGGGAUAGAGAGAGAAUUGUUCUCUACAGUGAGCAUGGCCUUUGCAAAGAUAUCUGGGUCCCUUGUCCCUGUAGUCAAGGAAAAACAAUAUACAAAGCUCCCUGCUACUUAUUAAGCGCAGGUGUAGUUUGGACCUCAGUCACCACCCUCUGGGUUUCUGUCAGUGACUUUCUGUUGGCCAUCUGCCAGGCUGCCCUGGAGCUAGAUUGUAUGUCUGAAUUGUGGGUAGUAUCCAGGUGCUUCAAGUGCUAGGGUGGUCCUUGGUUCAGUUCCAAGGCUGGCAGCUGCUAUUUUAAAAAUAUAACCAAGCAGUUAUAGGGUUCUUUAAAUUUCAGGAAAAGGUCAUUCAGAGUUGACUGACUUGGUGAUGCACCAGCAGCAAGAGAGGAGCAGCAGCAGGGACAACUGCAGAGCAGGUAGAACCUUUGCCAUCUUCCUGCUCUGCUUUCACUGCUGCCGCCCCAGAAGCGAGAAGAGAGAUGCUAAAGAAACCUCCCCACCUACCUCUACUUUAAAGCAGCUGGCCUUGAUGCCAGACUUCUUGAUGGGUGGGAGAAAACAAAAAAGUCACUGGGUUAAUGUGGAUGGUUUUUGGGUGAGGGAGGGGGGUGUCAGUGUUGAGCUUUUAUUUUUGUCUGUUAGUGGAUGGGAGUAUUGUUUUGUUUAUUGUCUGUGUACUGCUAAUGUUUUUUGUCAUUGUUAUGGGGUGCUGGUGGGUUUUUUAUUUCCUCAAUAUAUCGUAUGGCAUAUUCAUAGAACGGUAGAAUUGGAAGUGACCACGGGGGUCAUCUAGUCCAACCCCCUGCAAUGUAGGAACCUUUUGCUCAAUGUGGGGCUCGAAUCCACAACCCUGACCUGAGAUGAAGAGUCUCAUGCUCUUCCGACUGAGCUAUUCCUCACCAGAUGUAUUAAUGUGUCAUAUAUGCCUCCCACUCCUUUUCAAGGUAUAGUGUAAGUCAUUUGAAGAGCCAUUGGGACACAAGCAACUAAUAAAUAAAAAAUGUUGAGAUGAAUUAAGCAAAAGCUUACCUCAACUAGAAAAAAUAAGGUCUCUAUCACACACACACGCGCGCGCGCGCGCGCACACACACACACACACACACACACACACAGCACUAAAAUUCAGGGGUUCUGGGUGAACAAAUAAUCAAUGUGAUUUAAUGACAAAACCUUUGUUUCUCUUUGUUGUUUUUUAAAAAUAAGAAUACUUAAAGUAUUAAUAGUUUAUAAGAAAGAAUACUUAAAAUACUAACGAUAAAGAAUCUAACACCCUAUCCCUACACCUUUUGGGACCCUAGGCAAGUCCCAAAAGCUCAGGAUAAAAGCACAGGAUGUGCCCCUUUCCCUUAUGUCAACUCAAUAGAAUUACUUGGAAGUGACCUUUGAUAACAGUCUACCCUGAGGUCUGCUGAUGCUCUCUAACUUGCUUGCUGUUGGGUCCCCAGGGGGUGGUGGAAAUGGAAAGUGGCUCUUCAGUGACUCACUCAGCCACUUACCUCAGCCUGUGAGCUUACACCUCCUCCAGGAUCAGAGGUACUGUGUAGACCAGGCACCCCAAAACUCGGCCCUCCAGCUGUUUAGGGACUACAACUCCCAUCAUCCCUAGCUAACAGGGCCAGUGGUCAGGGAUGAUGGGAAUUGUAGUCCCAAAACAACUGGAGGACCGAGUUUGGGGAUGCCUGGUGUAGACAAAGUGCUGGAAGUGGAAGAGGGCUGCUGCCCUCACGCCCUGCUUGUGGGCUUCUCAUAGAUAGGCAUCCAAUUAGCUACCAUAAGGAACAGGAUACGGGACUUUGGCCUGAUAUACCCGGGCUUUUCUUACGUCCUUAGGAUAUUGUAUGAUUUAUUUUGUUGAUGGAGAAGAUUACCGAUCAAGUCAAAGUUGGCAGGAGCCAAGCCAGUCUGGCAUAUUGGCUUGGUUGCUUUCCCCGUCCCCCUUAAGUAUACAGAAACUUCAGCAUGAUUUUAUCUUAGGGUCUAGUAAAUAUGCUUCUGUUUAUGUACAUUCUAAAUGGUUUGGCUUUAGUUCAAGCAAAUAUGUUCUGAAUGUUUUACUUCAUAUGAGUUGAUAUCGAAAUGAGGGAUGAGAGCAGGCUUCUCAAUUCCUCCCUGUUUACAUUACUAUUUAUUUUGGAGGAUUUUAUUUUAUUUUUGUAAAUGGUAUUAUCUGCACAUGCCUGGAACGUGGUGGUGGGGGUCCUCAGUUGGUGGCAUUUCUGUCCAUUUUCUUAUUUUAUGAAUAAAGUAAAAACAAAUAGUUUGAAAAGAGAGAGAAGAGCUUUGCUGCUUUGCACCCUUUGGUGCAUAAUAUUUCUCGGUCAAAAGUUCCACAGUACACUUGAUUGAAGCUUUAACCCUUUGACUUUGCUUUUUUAUUGCAUGUUACUUUGGCUUUAAUAAAGUAGCUCUCAAAAACUACGCACACCCUUUGGCCCCAUUUAAAGCAGUUAAUCUCACUUCCCAGGGAAUUUAGCAGUUAAUCUCACUUCCCAGGGAAUUCUGGGAAUUGUAGCUCUUUGAGGGGACUAGUCUUUUAACAACUCUCAGCACCCUUAACAGAUUACAGUUCUACGGAUCCUUUGCGGAUAGUCAUGACUGUUUAAAGUGAUGUUAUACUGCUUUAAAUGUAUACUGCAGAUGGGGCCUUUCUACACUUGCUGCAUUCUUCACACUGCACCUGAAAAACCCUCUUUAUGCAUAUUUGCCCUCCUGGAUAAUAAUGCAAGAAUUAAAAAAGGAGAAAUUGCUUAUUAUCCCACUGGGGUUACAGUUACUAUUUGUGAACGUCCUGAACCUUGGCUGUUAUAGGAUUUCUUAGUAACAAAGGCUUUCAAAAUUGUUCACCUCACCUCAACUACUCUUUCCUCUGCUUGUCUCUCACCUCCCAGUUUGAGCACACUGUUCAGACAUUAUCGCACCAUCCAGUUUAGCAUGUGAAAUUUGAAGCUUUAAUGAUUUCUGCUUGCUUUUGUACAUAACAUGGGAGACUUGCCAGGCAAAUAUCGAAAUGAGACCGAAAAUCCCGAACACAUUGUGCAAGCAAAGUGUACCAUAAAAAAUUAUUAUUGAAUAAGUUUCCAUAAAUGCUGAAAUCCCAAUUAUUUUAAUAACCUGAGUUCAGUACCCUGGUAUGACCCAAAUGCACGAAGCAAAGAAGAGUAGAAAAACUUCUUUGUGCAUUUACUAUCUUUUAAAAAAAAUGAAGAAAAGAAAAAAGAUGAUAAAUUGAGGGUUCUCCCUGUUUCUGAAGUAAUGUCCCUAUGUCUUCAGAAAUGGGUACUUUUUUCUACUUGAGCUUGCAUGAAGGACUGCUAUUUAUUUCUAGUUUUCCCGCUGUACCUAUUUAACAGCAGAAUGCCAAGCAAGAAUUCAACAGAUGCCAUUUCCUUUACACUUUAGCUUCAGGGUUCCAUUUCCAUACGACUUUGUCAAAAAACCUUUGAACAUCUGCUGCGGAAUGCUAGUGUGUUGCAGAGGAUUGGGGGGUGUUAUAAGGUUGCAUACAUAGUUAAUGCGGGACCCGCUCUUCUGGGCCUCCCUGUUGAUUUACAUGAACUGAAUAUGCAACCUAGAACACAUCUCAUAUUCACUUGUAAACAGGAAGGUCACUAGUGAUGGGCAAUCUUAUUCAUUGUUAUUGAUCUUCCCACUGAAGGAACCCAGCUAAGUAUGGAUGGAACCCCAGUGUUUCCUAGAACACGGUUUGAACACUGCAUUAUAGUAUUGUGGUGCUUCAGCUAUUGACUCGUUGUCAUAGAGGUCUUCAAGGUGCAGUGGCCUUCCAGGAAAAUAAUGUGGUAAUGGAAGGGGGUUGCACCAUCCAAAUCCAAAAUUGUCUCCAGCUGUAAUUUGUAGUGUUUUAGUCACACUUGAUGAAUUGCACAUAAUUUAUAACCUUUCUUUAGUCCAAGGGCUGCAAAUCCUAUCCAUUAAUGGGCACUAGUGGUGACAACAGGCCUACUUUUCAUUGUUUAGGUCAGGGAUAGGGAACCUGUGGCAUUUCAGAUGUGCCUGGAUUACAAUCUUCAUUCCCCAGGGUAAGAGUGCCUCUCUCACCAGCUAGCCUUACCGGGUCUAUGAUCCACCCUGGGUGAGGGGCCACCCCACUCUCCCCAGACCAGCCCUGCUUCAUGAGUGGAAUGGUCAAGUUUAAUGAGAGCUCUGAGCAAACUCCUUUUUUUUGUGUAACUGUUCCCCGCCCCCUUUUCUUUUCCCUCUCCUACUUUCUUCUCCUUUCUGCUCUUUCUCUUGCCAUCCCCACUCUUCCUUUUAUCCCACCCGCUCUCUCUAACCAGGUGGGGGCAGGGAGAAAUUUCCUGAGCAGCUUUGUGGCACGGUUAUUCCUGAUGAUUGACUAUGCUGGCUGGCUGGGAGUCUCACAAAAUCCGGAGGGCACCCGGGUUGCCUAUCCCUGAUUUAGAUUAAUAUCAUGGGGUGGAAUAAGAUAAUGACAAGUACCCAGAUUGGGACAGGGUUUCUUGAUUCACUGUUCCCCUUCUUGAAGAUUUAAAUCUUCUUGAAGAUUUAAACCAAGGAGAAGGGGGCCUGUGGUAUAUGGAGAGAAGGGUUUUGCCAAUUUUGCAGAGUGGUUAAAAAUGGCAGAUCUGAUCCAAACUGGAAAAUAUUCAUCAGACUUAAGAAAUAAUAAAAUACAGCAUUUUUGACCCAACAAACAAAUGAUAAGGCUGGAUUCUCACAGUCAGGCAGCAACUAUCUGCAUCCUCCCUGUGGUUGUAGUUUGUGUCCUCUCAGCACCAGCUGUUAGGGUUUCCCAAGUCAGCAUUGUCAUUAGACACCUCUGAAUAAUCCAGCUGCACUCAGCAAGGGCCAUAACAAACACCAGGAUGGUGAAGCCAAGAAGCAUCCAAACACAGCAUGAGUCUCUCCACUCAGGGAACGUUCCUGCAAAGUUCUUUGGGUGGUCAGCUGUUUCGAUUGUUGUUGUUCCCAGUAAAUAGGAUUGGGUGGGGAAGGAUGGAGGAUUCUGGGAAACUGUGUGCACAGCCAGAUGCAGAAGGGGUGUGUGUGUAAAAAUCUGGGUAAAGGAAAGCUGGGAACAAAACUGGGUUUUCCCAAAGAUAAAAUAAAUAUUGCCCCACACAUCUAUGAUACCAGUAACUAAAUCAAAACUUGGAUAAAACUCAAGAAUUGGAAUUUAGUAAAUUUCGAUGGUAAAAUUAACACCGGAGGGUGUUGCGUGGGGUGUCAAUGGUAUUCAAAUAAGAGUUUGUGGGGGGUUUUUCUAAAUAGGUUCUAAGUGUGUCCAUUUUCAAAGAUUUGAUUUUUUUUGGUCAAAGUUUGGAGGAAAUCCUGUUCUGAUCCCUCAAAUGAUACCUGAAUUUCACCUCUGUUCUGAGUACAUGAAAUUUGUUUGGUUCUCAGCUUGAUUUCAAAUUUGAAAUGGUUUCUUCAUUCAUAUUGCUGUGUGGACAAGGAUGGCAUGUGGAUUCUUUGGUUCAGCUCACACUGUCUUCCUUUCACAUUUGCUACAGGGAAAGUUGCUUCUCUCCCAUCAGUCCAGAGACAUGUCCGCUGGUGCAGUCCUUCAUUUGUCCCAGCAGAACAUUCCUUAUGGAUGGACAUGUGCAGCUGAAGACUGGCCUGCAGACCCAGGAACGACACCUUUUCCUCUUUACAGAUAUUCUUGUGGUCGCCAAACCCAAGUAGGUCCAGUACUGAAGAAAGGACUCUUUGAGAUUCCUGAUAAUUUUCUUUACAAACUACUGUUCUGGGGUUUGAAGCUCAGAAUAUUCCUGUAGUUACCUUGUUAUUACUAUUUAUUUAGCCAGAUUUAUUACACCUAAUAUAUGGGGAUAGCUACAGCCACUGUUGACUUGGAAGUAAGAAGUGUGUCCAGUUCUAUUAAUAAGAAUGUACUUUUUGCACAUGGCACUUAAAAGGAGCCCUUUUAUUUAACUUGCUUAACAUGUCACUUUUGAGCAUUGUUAUUUAAAGCUUUCACAAACAAAUCCACGUGUAACAGAGGAACAACCUGAUCAUUUUUUGUUGCAGUAGGGCCCUGUACAGUUUUUAGUUACUGCAAAUGCAAAUGUCAUCUAAUAAUUAUUUUAAAAAUGUGAGAACAACCCUGCUUUGAUGAGAACUCUGAUCCCUAAUUUAAGCAUGCAUUUUUAGCACCUUGGAAACCCAAUCACUCUGCGACUAAUGAAGGCAUAACUGUAGUUCAGGAGUCAGUUGCAGCAUUGCAUUCCAUAUCACCUCCCAUCUUCUUGUAAGACCUUAGCCACAACUAUAGCUGUUUCCAGGGAAGAAGUUUAUUGCUUGGGCAGUUGCACUGGUGGCAAGUGCAUGAAUGCAGCCCAUGCAAGCCCAUUCAUGGUGGGCCUGGGGGUUUGCUAUUUUAUGAUUUCAUUGUAUUUAUUAAUUGUGCAUUUGUAUCUGUACUUAACGGUAGUUUUGUUGUAUUAAUCUGUUCACUGCUUUGGAGGCAAAAAAAGUGGUAUAUAAAUAAGCCAAUGAUGUUCCUACCAACUAUACCAAACUUUCCCAACCUGGUGCCCUCCAUAUGUUUUUCACUUCCACCAUGGACGAUGGGAGUACACCAAAUUGGAGAAGGCAGUACAACACUUACUAUACGACAUCAGGCUUUUUCCUUCUUAGCUUCUUCCUCACAUAUAAUCACAUGUGAAAGAACCCCCAAGGAUUGCCUGAAACCACAAGCACUACAGGAGGCUGGAAUGCUAGAGCUCCAGCUUGUAAAUUUGAUUUAAUUUGUGUAUGGCUGAGUGAAUAAUCCAAGCUCAGUGUCAAGCCUGACUGCACACAGACGGCUUACCCAGACUCCUCGGUGCUCUCACCUUCUGUUUCGGAGCAUCUUCCAAACAGGUCUUGCUAAUGCAAGAUCAUUAAAGCAAAAGGGUGUACUCGUGAUAACAAAGCAGAGAGUGGUAUUGAAUGAAGUUUUAUUCAGAGCAGACCCAUUCAAAUGAAUGAACAUGACUAAGUUACAUCCAUUACUUUUAGUGGGUCUGCUCUAGUAAAGUUUAUAUGAAUACUACUCACUUAAAUAAGUCUAUUUAUGAGAUAGUUAUCAAUAGGAUCUCCCUUUGUUUUUAAACCACUCAUUAUUAAGAACCAGAUAGAUUUCCUUACCUGAACUCACAGCCGCUUGAACUUGUCGCAAAUGAACUCUGAACCCCAAAGCCAAAUUAAAGCAGGAUUUUAUUAGAAAUAAGAAGGAGGAGACAAGAAGGGAAAAUAGGUUGGUACUUUAAGAAAAGAAACAUCAAAUACCAAACACCAAACUUUUCUGUCUAUUAGAUGCCCCCAUGUAUUAGACGCCCCCUAUUUUGGGGGGCUCACAUUUAAGAAAAUAAGCAAUGGGGGGGGGGAUAUGCCGAACCAAAUGUCACUCACCUAACUGGCAUACACUAACAAACGCAAGCAGUGCAAGCCAAAUUGCCGCAGCCGCAGCCAAUCCAAAGCAGCCCUUGACGCAUCCGCUAAUAACCCACCCAUUUGACGAAGCAGCAGCCAAUCCAAAGCAGCCCUUGAUGCAUCCACAAAUAAUCCACCUGAUUGACAAAGCAGCAGCCAAUAGAAAAGCAGCCCUUGCAGCAGACACCAUUCACCCACCCAAUCGCUAGAUCCUGCUUACGGAGGCAACUACCCAUGUAUAAGACGACCCCCCCCCCAUUUUUUUACUUUAUUUUGGAGUAAAAAACCCUCGUCUAAUACACGAAAAAGUAAGGUAACUAGUUAAUCUAUGGAAAACAUUGCAUGUAGCCCUGUUACAGUCACAGAUAGGUUCAUCCAAUGCAUCCUUGAUGGUCAAACGUGGGGAUAAAGGAAUAUGGACAUCAUAUCCUGUAUUUUUCAUGUUCACAUCCAAGUGGCUUUGAUUGACAGACUGCCUGGCACAACUAAUGUGCUGAAGCACUCUUAACGUUUUUGAAAGCCAAGAAGUGAAGAGAGCAAGGUGUUAAUUAAAAAGGCGAUUGCCAGGUCUGUUGCUGAUACACAGGAUAUAUAAUCAAAGGCUGGUUCAGAUUGUGUACUCAGUAGUGACAGGAGUUAAAUGACUCGGUUCUUGGGAGGAAUGGUGACUUACAUGCCUCAAAGAAAGAAAUUCUGACGGGGGAAAUCUGCAUCUCCAUGACAAAGUAUCAGAAUACCAGACUUCCAUAUUGCUUCUGUGCAAAUUUUAAUUAAUUUCAGGCGGAACAGUUCUAUAUAUGUUUACUCAUAAAUGCAGGAUUGCUUCCUCUUGUUUCUUUUGCUAUCUUGUUUUCACAUUCUAAUCCACUACAUUAGAUCUUAGUAUUUUUAUGUUAUAAUCCAUACCUCUGAGUCUGUGUGUCAGCCUUCUCCUUGCAAACUGCUGUGUUAAAGCACACAAGAGGGAUACAUUAAGAUAAAUAAUGUGUUUGGGGAAUUUUUCAUCUAGAAGUUCAGAGGUUCCUCACCUGUAUGUAGUGCAUAAGGAAAUGGCAAUUGCUUUUCCCUGCUUACAGGAAACUUGAGGGCCUUUGUGAUGUUGGCAGCUAUAACUUCACCCUCGGUCCUGGCCAUUUGCAUAUCUGGCAAAGAUAUGGGAGGAAAAGAUCAAGAAUGAGUGUAGACUUAAUCCCACUUCAGAAAUAACACCUCAUGGAUUCCAUCAAUACACAAAUUAGCCCCUCUUUCUGGCAUCUGAACAUGCAGCCUGAACAUCUGUAGCAGAGAAGCUGUAUGUGUGAAAAAUUCACAUGAUCUGGGAGAGGCUUUGGAGGGACGAUAUAAAAUUUGCGGCAUGCUAUGAUUUAAAAGAGAACUGCAUGAAAAUGCUCUAUAGGUGGUAUUUAACACCUGUCAAACUGGCCAAAAUGUUCAGAUCUAGGGGAAACACCUGUUGGAAAUGCAGGGAGGUGGAAGGCACAUUGAUCCACAUGGGGUGGAACUGUAAAAAGAUCAGAGAAUUUUGGGAGAUGAUCUAUAAUGAACUUUUUAAAAUGUUUAAAUGCUCUUUUCCAAAGAAGCCUGAAGCCUUCCAGCUAGGAAUAAUGAGUAAUGAAAUCUCAAAGAAAUUCAGGAGAAUUUUCAUGUAUGCUACAGUAGCAGCCAAAAUUUUAAUCGCAAAAGGUUGGAAAGGAGAAGCUAUCCCAUCCAAAUUAGACUGGCAAAACAAAUUGUGAGAAUAUGCAGAACUAGCUAGAUUAUCAGCAAGGUUCCAAGAUGUUACCGAUGAGAAAUUCAGUAGAAAGUGGGAUGUAUACAGAGUUUAUUUAAAAGAACAUUGCAAAAAUGUAAAUCCGUUGGCAGGUCUGGAUUGACUUUCUGCGUGUAAUAGGAGAAUCUUAUAAAAUUAAUGUAAUUGAAACAACCUAGAAGAGACAAAAGUUUAGUGUGCAGAUAAAGAAUGUAAUCUGGGAACCACAAUGGGGGGACCGGAGGUCAUGUUGAAUCCAACUACAAACUGUUACAACAAGCACCAACUAUAGAAUGAAUGAAUGUUUGUUUAUUUUUAUUUUUAUUUUCAUUUUCUGUUGAUUACUUAGGUUACACGGUUUUUAAAACCAAUAAAACAUAUUAUUUUUUAAAAAUCACAUGAUCAGGAGCCAUUUCACCGUUCAUUAUCACAUGGCACCCUUGUGUGUUCAUCUGUAAAGUAUUUUUUUUGCUACAGGUUUACUGUAUGUACAGGUGCCAGAGGGUAGGGUCAGUCAGUAAUACCCCCUCUCAGACUGGUCAAACAUAUGGGUGUAAUUUCUGAAGAGGGCUAUAGAAAUGGGAGCAUCCACCAGAACAGUUACUGUCUAGAACACAGCUGAUUUGACUGUGCUGAGGAAGCAAGAACAUACGUUUUGGUGAAUUGGGGCAUUUCACAGACACGGUCACCACAAAGAUGGGGCUAUAACUGAAUAGAACUGAAAGGAUAUGGCAGGGGGAACUGAGGUAAUGAUACACGUGAGGCGGUGGACAGAGGCAAUUAAAGAAACUCUUGGAAGCACUAGUCUAAAUAUGCUAUUUCCAUAGGAAUUAGAGUAAUGUUCAUUUGAAUCAUGCUCAUUAAAAGUAAAUUACCAAUUGAGCAUGGGACAGAUCUGGGUUACAAGCAAGAUUUUAUAGUAUCAGAAAUUGGGAGCAGCUCUUGUUGCUUUAGCCCAUAGUUCUAGGUGUGUAAUGUGGUAUCUGGCACCUGGGAGGAAUUUACUCAACUUGCAAUUUGCAUCAUGGAACUUUGUCUACAAGCUGAUCUCAUGACUACAACAUCCUACUUGAUUUUUAUACUUAUUCUUUAUUUUUCCUUCCUGUGUAGCAUCUUGCCUGAUUAAGAGUUCUCAAAUCUUCCCCCAAUUUUGUGACAAUCUGCUUGUUCUUAAUAAGGGCAUUUCCCAACAGCAGAUUUGGAAGGAGAUUUUAAACAGAGCAACAUAGCUACUUUUUGCUUUCCCCGUCACAUUGUGAUUGGUUACAAAAAAAAGAGGGGUAGGAAGUUUACUUAGUGUAUUUGAAAUGUCGGUUCUUAUUCAGAUUUUAUUUGAGGCUGGCUCCUAGGAGAUGGCCAUUAUUGUAAACCACCCCUGUACCGUUGUUGAUUCAGGCAAUUUGUGUUGAAGUGGUUUCAACAAAGAACUGAGCUGCUUUUAAUUGUUUAAUUAGACAAUUAAUUGUCAGCUUGGCGUUCUGUGUUCAAGAGAGCUUUAUAGCUGCCAACUUUUGGGCUAUUGCUUCUGUGGCUUUAAUGGCUGCUCAGUAUGUGGAAAUUUAACAGAUAAAAUGAAGCGUUUCCUGGCAUGGGGAUAAAGUGAUGAGGAAAAGCUGUGUAUCUCAGAUUUUCCUGGGAAGAUCCCUGCCAGGAAAAAAAGGUUAGCCAUAAGAAUAUAACAUUUCCCAGAAAUGAAAUAUCUGAAACUGAGAUAGCAGAAGGGAGGUUUGGUGUGGAUGUGACCAAAGUCUUGUGGCACCUUAUUUUAGUCCCAACAUUCAGUUUCAUUGGAUGCCCUGGGUUCCCAUACCAUGAGAGAAGAAGAUAAACUUUUGUUUAUCUAGUUUUUCCAAACCAUAUAUGUAUCUCCCACUUACUUACCUUUUAAAAAAACCAAAAUAUCUCCCAGUGUUGUAAUCAUAUCUCAUUGGGAGAAAUACUCUAUACUCCUGCUGAUUUACACUACCAUUUUCUGCAUCACAUUAACCCCUGAGAAUUUCAACAUUAAAUGCUGAACUAGGAGCAGGAGCUAUGAUAGGGAAUACAGAUGUUUGAUUCUCAGAAGGCGCUGUCUACCUAGAAUGCCUGGGAAAACAUCAGUGGAACUUGAGAGAAUUGUCUAACGGAACGGCUGUGAUCUUGCCCAACUCCUGUUCAUUUCGGUGAGGUUUUCAUUGGAGGCUUUUCCCAGUGAGUUGUGUCCAGAGCUAUGUUUACAUCUGUGGAUAUUUGAACUGGUGCCAGUUCCUCUGCGGCACAGCAUCCAGCCACAGCUGUUAACAGACGAGAUAUUAAAAGCUUUGGAAAAGUAAGAGCAUCAUAAAUGUAGGUCAGUCCUUUGAAAUCCACAAGGGUCAAGUGCUUUCACAUUGGAGAUCUAGAUUGCUGAAUGUGUCCUAUGUUGUUUGUACUGCAAAUUAGACUAAUACUGAAGAAGGAAUUCCACUUUGCCUAUCCCUCCCAGGCCUUGUUCUGCCCUUGCUUAGCCUUUGGGAAUCCUCUUGAAAUGAGACUGGGAAUGUGGAAUUAAGGCUCAUGUGUACCUUCCCCAUAACGAGAACAUGGAGAGAUACCACAUUUAUUUGAAUGUGAGAUCUUCCUUACCCUGUGAUAGAGAUCAGCUGCAGCACCUUAUAAUGAGAAUGGCUGGUAUGUGUGUGUAUGGUAUGGGGGGGGUUAAGGCAUGCUCUCAGUUUCUAAUGCAUCAGAUAACAAUAAGCCAAACACUUCCGGACAGAAGUGACUGUUAAAGAAGGCUAUUUGAACACCCACUGGAAGUUAGGUCUUCUCUGAAUUCCUAAUGCAAGGCUGAUAGGAACUCUCCCAUCAGCAUUUUGGUUGAUGGGGCCUGCAUAUAUAAAAGCAAAGAUGUCUAAAGUGGCUUGCAGUAUAAAAACACAAUAUAACCAACCAAAAGCAAGGCAAAUUAGAAAUAUCAAUACUAAUAUCAGUAGCAAAACCACACAAAGCAGUAAUAGUCAGCAAAAUUGUGAAUAUGCUCAAGUCAGGCGUCUCUUCCGUGUCUGGUAAGCCUGCUUGUCCCAUUGAUACACAUCUGACAAGAGUUGAGGGAAAGGCCAAGUACACGUGACCUUCCCCAUACUUACUAUGUCAGCCUUUUUAUGCUUCCACACCAGGCUUCACACACAACAGAGAGCCUGAGGUCAGCAAGUGUGUUCAUUUUCGUUUUUAUUUAUAUUAAUGAGCUGCUUUUGUACCGCAUGACUCGAAGUGGCUUGAAUACCAAAGUGACAUCAGAACAUUCUCUGACCUUUCUUGACAUGGCUUUGAGAUUACUCUUGUUUCCACUUGUAAGAGCAGAUAUAUACUCCUGGAUUCACUGUUUUUCUUGAAAUACAGCAUUUGGAAGCAGUCUUUGUUUCACUGCAGAACUCGGUCAGCUCCAACGAAGCCCAUUUUUGAAUUGGUGAUCAUCUGUUAGUUCACCCUUUUUGCCUCCAGGGCUGUGUCAGUUGCAACUCCUGUGUGUAGUUCCAACAGAGUCCAUUGUUUUUAUAGUUUUGCGCUGGCUGAAAUGUGCCUGUUUCAUAGUUAUUUCUAACCUUCAGUUGCCAGGGAUGUACUAUAACAGACUUCUUUUAAUUACAGGUCACACUUGCAUUUCAAACUGAAGAGCCAGGCGCGUCUCUGUGACAUGUGGACAGCUUCUUGCCUGGAAGAGGUCUGUGAAGGUAGCACUGACCUGGAGAAGUCUUUUGUUUUAGGAUGGCCCACCACCAACUGUGUUGCCAGCUUCAGGUAUGAGAGACUAUUUGCAUUGGUUGCCUCCUUUCUGCCUGCAUUCAUCCAACAGCGUUAAAGUUUAUGAAUGACCAAGAGCUGAAAAUACCCAGUACCCUUUUUUAUGAAUUACCUCAAUGAGAGACCCUUCAUAGUGCAAAUGAAGCUGGUGUUGAAUCAAGAUUCCUUCUGCAGCUUGGAAUGAGUGGAGCCCUCUGGGUCUUGCUUUUCAAAGUAACAGUUUUGUGGCAGUUCUUCAAAUGCACAUGAAAUAAUAAUUUACAUGCAUGCAAGUCAUACUUACUUUUCUCAUGGUUUUUGUGGUGCAUUUGUGGUAUAGACCUUCUGCCUUUACACAGUUUGACUGUCAUGGCUUCUUUCAAAAGAUUCUGGAAAUUGUCAUUUUGAUAAGACUGCUGAGAUUUUUGUUAGAGAUCUGUAGUCACCCACACAGAGCUUCAGUUUCCAGAGUUUCUGGGGAGAGGGAUGCUAUUGACGUCCUCCUGGUGGUCCCUGCAAUGAAUAUAGAGCAGAAAAGCGAAAUAGUUGAGCCAGUUGGUCAGUCCCCUCUGAUUCACUUUUAACAGCCAAGAAGGGCAAGAGAGAUGAGAAGACGUAAGAUAGGUUGGACCCCUUCUGGUACUAGUAUCAAUUACUGUCCAUGCCUGAAGGAAAUGAAUUUAUCCUUAUGGAAUGGACUUCACCUCCAAAAUCUGCUCUGAAGGGUUGGAGAGCAGAUUUUAGGGUGUGCAGAGGUCUUCAGGGCAAACAUAGGAAGGUGAAGUCCCAUUUCGUGAGUGGGAGAUACAGCUGUGCAGUGUUGGACUCUAUCCAGUGAACUUCUGUCAUUCUAUUCUAGAAAUCCAUUGGCACUUCAUCAGUCAUAAUAAAACCUUUAUUUUUAACAACCCAAAAUGAAGUCUUAUUAUAUUGAGAUAAAUCCAAGCUUUUAUCAUACCCUUUGGUAUCUCUAAUUCUAGGUUAAGAUUAUAUUUUUGCUUUCAAUACAGUGGUACCUCGGGUUAAGUUCUUAAUUCAUUCCGGAGGUCCGUUCUUAACCUGAAACUGUUCUUAACCUGAAGCACCCCUUUAGCUAAUGGGGCCUCCUGCUGCUGCCACGCCGCCAGAGCAUGUUUUCUGUUCUCAUCCUGAAGCAAAGUUCUUAACCUGAAGCACUAUUUCUGGGUUAGCAGAGUCUGUAACCUGAAGCGUAUGUAACCUGAAGCGUAUGUAACCUGAGGUACCACUGUAUUGGAGAAGACUGGGGCAGGAGGAUCCCCUAAGAAGAUACUUGGAAUAUGAGUGACAGUAUAGGGCAGGCUUGUAUGGGGAAGGCUUCUUCUCUGAGAUAUUCUGUCCCGGGCCAAAACUACGUACCUUGAAUCAAGCCUGGAAACAGAUUGGCAGCCUGGCUUAUAAAUGGCAAUGUCUAUAUCAAGAGAGAAUAUAUAAGGUGGCACUCUUUUAUUUCUUGCCAAAUAAAUUUGACAGAAAAGUUUUGAUUGUCUAUGCUGCAGUCCACAACCCACUUAAUUGGAAUCUCACUGAUCUCCACUUUUACAAUUUUAGAGUAAGUAGGUUCUGGUUUAUGGUGAUAGCGUAGCUUUGAUUUUAUAUGUCAGUGGAAAAAACAUGUUUUAAUAGGUACUUUUUCUUGACUGUCUUUUGUUGAUUCUGAAAUAGUCUGACUUUAUAAAUAUGAUGGCCUCUGUUAAAAAGGGAAUUUUAGAUUUUAUGUAAGCCAAGCCAUUCACAAUGGGAGGUAAAGAGGGCAUUUGAAGAAUUUUACAAGAGUUGUUGUAAAGGAAAGUCCAAAUAUUUAUGAAGUGCAUGAUGUGAAAGCAAUUUAUACUUCCCUUAACAUCCUCUGAAUCCAUGGGAGGCUUUGAAACACUUUCUGAGAGAUGAAAAGAUACAAAGACACGAGGUACAUGAAUUGAUGGGUCGCUUGCUAAGGCCACAGCUAUUGGUGCCAUUUACCAGCUGGCCUCAUCCAACCAGUUUAGUUUCUCAGCUAGCUCUCAGCUUGGGCAUGGAGGGAAUAAUCUACUUCGAAAUUUUGAUUCUAAAGCUUUUAUUAAGUUGGGAAAUGUGGUACAUAGCUAUCAUUUAAAACUUGUUUUUCUUUGUUUCAGUUCCAUCGAGCAGAAAGAGAAGUGGCUUACUUUCCUACAAAGGUAUUUCUGUUUUGCCAUAAUAGCCCAUACAAAGUCUUGUCUGUCAUUCGGAACCUAGGACAGUUCCUUGUUGCCAUCUUGUUGAUAUGUAGUUUCAUUUUGUGCCUCCAGAAAUUGAAAAAGUUUUGUGAAAGUAGAUUAGAGAAACUGGCAUGUUGCUUAGAUAGCAAAAUUGGAUGGAGCUUUUCUUACUGAAUAGGAUUUAAUUUUGCAGACUCCAAAUCUACCAUUUGAAGGGAAUAAUCAAACUAUUUGUGUAGAAGAGGUCCUUCUCAUUUUAAAGGUGCAUUUUAGAGGCAAGCUGUUUCAGAAGAGCUCUUCGCAUUUAGAGCAUCAGCAUAACAUAUUUUUCCUUCUGUUAUUCUGUUGUUUCAAUCUCUGUUUUGUUAAACAACUCCAUUUCUGCUUGCUUUGACAGCCGUAUCAAGGAAGAGAAGGAAAAAGACUAUCCCAAGAGCAUUCCGUUGAAAAUCAUUGCAAAGGAUAUUGGAAGCUGUGCAUAUGUAAGUGUUCAUAAGCCGCGCUGAAUGAAGAGCGCGUCAGUGCUAUCGUUGUACCUGUUCCUUGGCAAACAGCUGUGAAAAUUCAAAUGCUGCUUGAUGUGUAAUGCUUAUUUCCGAGAACAAAAUUUAGGUGUUUGUUUACAAGACCAUUAACCAAUAUAGCACAGAGUCUUUGCAGACUAUGGUUUCACAUUACAUGAACAAGCCAUGGGUUUGAACACCAUACCCCCAUCUCAUCUACUAUGAUGGCAAGGAGGCAGUCAGGAGCAUCUGCUUUUAAACUAAUCAGAACUCCCUACUGUAUCCAAACGUGGGGGAGCUCUGCUUAGUUCAAACCAUGGUUUAUGACCUUGGCUUCUUCACAAACCAUGGUUUAUGACCACGGUCGAACAGCUCUUACUGCCAGAAAGUUCUUCCUGGUGUAUAGUUGGAAUCCCUUUUCUUGUAACUUGAAUCCAGUGGUUUGGGUCCUACCCUCUGAAGCAGGAGUAAACAAAUUUCCUCCAUCCCCCAUGUGACAGCCAGUUAGAUAUUUGAAGGUGGCUAUCAUGUCUCCUAUCCGUCUCCUCCUAUUUCCUAUGUUGGAGACUGUUCACCAAAGAGAAACCCAGCAUCCUGCCUGUUCUUGUUUCUACAAAUAUAUGUAGGAAACCUCUAGUAGGCAUCUCAGAAGCCCUUUGAGAUUUUCCCUAUGCUGUACUCGGUACUCAGAAAAUUCUAGUCUCCUGCAUGAAUUCUGCUGGGGAGCAUUGUCCUAAUGCUUCCUCGUUCCCCCAAAAUUUCCUUGUAUAUCUCAGAACUGAAUUCUAGCACUGGGAUUUUAUCCAGUCACAUUUUACCAGUGGUCCAUGACCUUCUUUUUCAUUUUUUAUCACUCCGGCUCAUUAUAAAAUUGGCUAUAAGGAAGUGAGGAUCAAAGCAAGUAUUUCUGAUUAUAUCAUCCAAACAAAGGGCAAUCAUGCUGGUUUAAGACAGUUUGAACAAAACUCAGCUGAGAUGUUUGGGGAACGGCAUCUGUCAGUUUUGUGUACGCACGAAAAUUGUGCAGUAGUUCAGAACCUUUACAACUGAGUCACUGGAGGCUCCCUUGGACUGGUCAUCCUUGAAGUACAACACAGUAGUGCCAGAAAUACCACUGAUAAGGCAGUAGAGUGGCAGAUGGAAGCUUCCUAAAAAUCUGAACACUUUCUAUGAAGCUCGCCUUCCCUUUUUUUGCAAGAGCAGCUGGAGAUCUUGGGGAAUUGUUUCAUUUUAUGCUAGAGUAAGGGCUAGUUAGGGAGGAGGCAUAUGCAGCACAAAUUAUUUUAUUAUAUUCUCUAGCCAAAGGCAAGCCUUAUGCAAAUGUGCUGACCUACUCCUGGGUGCCAGAUGUCAUUGCUUUGGGAAAAUGUUAUCUCCCCCCCCCCUUUGUUUAUGUUCUGAUCAUUCAGCUAUAUCCCCAGGCAAAAAUAGACUGUGUUUGUACUCCUUCGCUUAAGUCUUUUUGUCAGUUUAUUAUUUUUCAGUGGCUCAUGCAGAAGGCUGUUUUUGAUAUUUUGCAGAGAAAAAACUGGCGCAAGAUCCUGAAACCGAGAAGUCCUGUGGACUUUUUUUUUACUUUAUUUGUCUCACUCUCUGCUAGGGCAGAAGCUUUUGCAGUUAAUUAUGAAUUAAUUUUAGUGCAUUUCAAUGGAAGAGAAGCAUCAAAAGCAAUGUAGAAGAUAACAUUAUUCACAUAAUGUUUGCUGACUGAAAAAACAACAAUUGCAUCAAGCACUCCUAUUCACUUACAUGAUUUCUGUUAGUGACCUCAGACAAACAUGCAAGUUGUGAGAAUUUCUGCUCUGGUUUCAGUUUCUGAUGGAAUUCUUCUAUCUCCCUAAUCACAAGUGGGGUUUCCAUGCAGCCAUAAGAAUACUUUUGAUCUGCCCUUCCUCAAAAAGGUACAGUGGUGCCUCGCAAGACGAAAUUAAUCCGUUCCGCGAGAGUCUUCGUCUAGCGGUUUUUUCGUCUUGCGAAGCAAGCCCAUGGACGGAGUAGCGCUAUUAGCGCUAUUAGCGGUUUAGCGGCUAUUAAAGGCUUAAAGGGUUAGGGAUUAGCUGCUAAAAGGCUAUUAAAGGCUAUUAAAGGCUUAGCAGAUUAGAUAAAGGGGGGGGAAAGCGAAAAAAAAAAUCUCAAGACUCGCAAGGUAUUUUCGUCUUGCGAAGCAAGCCCAUAGGGGAAUUCGUCCUGUGAAGCAACUUCAAAACGGAAAACCCUUUCGUCUAGCGGUUUUUCCGUCUUGCGAGGCAUUCGUCUUGCGGGGCACCACUGUAUAUGGUAAAGUUAAAUGUUGCUUCAUCAGGUGUGCUUCCUGGGUGUAGAUAUUACAUCAAAGUUCCAGCUAACAUUUCCUCCUGCAAAAGUAUAAGCUUCAUGCUGUACUUAACUACUUUUAAAGUGCUGUGAUUUGGGUAAUAAUGUUCUCUUCAACCUCUUUUCUCCCCCAACAGUCAAAAACCUUAACCAUAAACAACACAGACACAGCAAGUGACAUAGUCCUCAUGGCCUUGCAGCAACUUGGAAUCAAUGUGAGUAUUCAUGAUGUCAUUUUAAAAAAUGUACUCUUUAACAAAUUGCAUUAUUGGCAGAUGUGUGCUUACGUUAUCCCAUAGGUAGUAGAAAGCUAAAGCACUCUCUAACUUGGGCCACCAGGAAAAAACAAUGGUGGGGGAAUGAACAUUAACAGGACUCAGAGGAAAUAUAUUUAUUUUUCUGAGUUUUAAUCCCCCCAUCUCUUUUCAGCAAAAAAGACAAUCCACCUCUUUGCCUUAAUGAAUUUGUGUGUAGAAGAAGGCUUGGCUCUUGUUUCUACUUAGCCACCCACUUCUAAAGCCUCAGUUGGCCCAAGAACUCAUGCAAUAUGUACAAAACCUACAGUGUGGGGCUCUGGACCAAGAUUGUAGCUGGAGUCUGGAUAAAGCAAUUUGUUCUGCCUGAAAUGAUUUGGGAUUCUUCCUCUUGCUUUAAUUUUGCUUAUUUGGUCAGGGUUACAAAUUGCCAAAGCUGUGCACCCUGCACUGUAGGAAUCCCUUCCAUUAGCUGUGGUCCUCUGUUUCAGAGCCAGGUGUAUAAAUAGCAGGACAAUUGCAUUGGACUUUGAGCACUGAUUCUGUGGGGAAAAGAAACUGCAUGGUCUGCAGGCCACUGAAGUGAACCCUGCAGUGGUAUUGAAGUAGCAUCCAUGGUGCUAGACGUGUAUUUUAAAGAAGACCAAGAGCCAUGGGGAUACUAUCAAAGACAUAACGUUUCUUUCCUUCACCUAUGUAAUACCUAGCAUAAAAUACCCCAUCUCCUAAUACCACUCUGCUGCAUAUUUCCAUACUCAUGGGAGCAGGAAACCACAAAGCGUAGUACCAGUUUCUGUGACUGCCCUGUAUAAUAGGAGCUGCCUUAACUGUGGAAUUGCAUUUCUUUAUUUUAGUGUUAUUUGGUUUUCUUCAAUAUAGAAUUACAAACAACAAAUUGCAAUACCUGUGUGAUUGUGUUUUUAAAGGGCUCUGAAAAAGAAUAUCAGCUUUGGGUGAAUUCUGGUAGAGAAGAUGCUCCAUAUCCCCUUAUUGGUAAGUUUCUGGGAAGUCUGUUUUUUAGUUCCUUUUCUAUCCUGUCCCCUCCUCAGGGCUUAUGAGCAUGUAGCAACAGCCAAAAGCAAGCAACACACACACAAAAGACCAAAAGGAAACCCAAUGUGAGAGCCAAUGUGGUGUAGUGGCUAAGAGCGGUAGAUUCGUAAUCUGGGGAACCGGGUUCGCUUCCCCGCUCCUCCACAUGCAGCUCCUGGGUGACCUUGGGCCAGUCAAACUUCUCUGAAGUCUCUCAGCCCCACUCACCUCACAGAGUGUUUGUUGUGGGGGAGGAAGGGAAAGGAGAAUGUUAGCCGCUUUGAGACUCCUGAAGGGGAGUGAAAGGCGGGAUAUCAAAUCCAAACGCUUCUUCUUCUUCUUCAAUCCUUACUUGCACACGUUUGGUUGUGGAGAGCCAGCGAUUUUUAUGGUGUUCUCCAUUUGGGAUUUAAAAUAUGAAAUAUAUGCAUCAGUCCAUUAAAGUUCCCUUGGGCGGGUGGCUAGUCCUUUUCAGUUGAAGAUGACAACCAACUUACAUGAGGCACAGGCCUACGGAUGGUAAUGCAGGUCUAGAUCCACUUCUUUGUUUCUGCAGACUAGGUAGGUAAAAAUGUCUAGGAUGGUGGUGUGUUUGCCAGUACAUCACUAAAGAUAAAUAAUUGAUCAAUGAAAUCCAAGCAUUCUCCCCCCCCUUGCAGUUAAGAGCUAUUGUAGUUACAGGCUCUUAAUAAUAGUAGUACUGCUAGAUUACUAAUAACUUGGACAUUUUAAUCGAGAAAGAUAACCAUUUGUCUUCUUAGAUUCUGCAUGUAGUCUUAAUUCUAUAUCUGUUGGUGCAAAAUAUCAGGAACAGUCUUGAAAAGCAGAUGGAAGGACGUUGAGUUCACAGAAUCUCUUCCCCUGAAAGUUAGAACAUAAUUGUCUCUUAUUAAAACUGUGCCAGAUACUAAAGUGAUACUCCUUUAUUACAUUCCCCCUUUUUACAUCACCCAGAGCCCUGUUUCCAUCUCUACUUGAUUUGCAGUGGGAGUUGCACAGAUGCAGAUCAGAAGCCAAAUUGGUGGCCCUUGUUGCUUCAGCUUUGUUCUCUGACUCCCAUUACACCCACAAACAGAUUUCCGGUUUCAUAGCUUCCAAAUACAUUUUAAACGAUUAAUCCUCUGCAAAAUUUCACAGAAGUGAUCAAGCGUGCUAUUCCAGCAUUAGACAGGAUGUGUGUGAAUUAAUUUUGGAAUAUCUCCUUUUCCUUUUGGAGCCAUAAAGUGCCUCGGCUGUUCAUGUUUGUUGUGAUCUGAAAUGUACUUCUCUUGUGCAACUCAGCAGUGGCCAGACAGAUGCAUCUGGAAGCUCCCAAGCAGCCUCACAACCACCCCCACUUGUUUGUCUACAUGGUGGUUCCAUUUAGCUACCAUGGCUAGUAGCAGUUGACAGAUCUAUACUCAGAUCCAGACCAGGGCAGUGUAGUGUAGUGGCUAAAGCAUUGGGCUAGGACUCAGAAGAUCCUGGUUCAUAUCCCCACUCAGCCAUGAAGUGCACUGGGUGAUGUUGGGUCAGUCAUGUUUUCUCAACCUAGCCUACCAUAGUUGUUGUGAAGGUGAAGGUCAAUGUAUGGCACCUUAAGCUCCUUGGAUAAAAGGCGAGGUAGAAAUGUAAUUUAGAGGAAGGGCUUUUUUUCAGCCUGAACCUGCCAGAAAUCAGAUUGGGCACCUCUCAGGUGGGCGUCAUUGCCAUUAUAAAAGAACAAGGGAGAUGUUCAAAUUGAGUUCCAGCACCUCUUUUUCUAGUAAAAUGCAUUUGGGUGCCUGGGGAAACAGACAAGAUAGCAUUCCUCACCUCUCCCAAUUCCAGAUGCCGAAGUUUAUAGGACUGCCAGUUAGGUAUUAUUUCAGCACUGGUGGUGAAACAGUGACCUCUAUUGCACCUGAGGGCAGCACCUUGUCUUAAAGGGUACAAGAAGGUCUUGUGGUGGGAAAGAUGAAAGUAAAUGGGCAAAAUAAGCUAAACUAAGAACUUGUGGAAGAGCUUCAGAUAUUUAAAUAGUUGAAAGACUGUCAAGUUGGAUGCAGAACCUGUUGCCUUCCAGAUGUGGCUCAGCUCCCAACUCCCUCCAGCCCCAGCCAGUAUGACCCCCGUCUCCCCAUCUCUGCAGCAAAGGGUAAGGAGCCCUAUGUUGAAGCUUCAUCCGGUCAACUGGGCCACCAGAAACACAUCCUUUGGCUGGCCAGUGCCAAAAUGCACGUGUAUGGGGCAUUUCAUUUCCCUCUAUUUCUGAUGUUUCGGCUUACACAGCCAAAACAGCAGGCUUGGGAGAACCCUGAAGUUUGCCAAAGUAGGGGAAAGAAAUAUUUAGAUAAACCCUAAAGGCUUGGGACCCAAAGCAGCCCAAGGACAGUUGAAUGUGUUCAGUGCCCAUGUAAUGGUGACUGACUGUUGAGGCCAGGAGAGUGAAAACGAGGAAUACAGUGGAGGAGAGGGAACCCCAACCUGGGGACAUGCCAUGCUGCAGCAGUCUAAAAUCAGGCGAGUAAAAUGAGCACCAAACUGCUAGCUAAGGUUUCGGGAAAUUAGGGAGAAGAGAUAUUGAGGCUUAUCAAAAUAAACAUUGCACGGAGAUCAUAGUGUAGUGUAAGUCUGGUAGAGAGUAUUUAUUCCGAGGCUGCUGUGUGUUUUCUUUCUUUGUUUGUUUUUAAAGAGAUAAUAAAUAUCAUUGCAGCAUCCUUGGGAGGUGCUCAUUCGUUGCCUGACCGCCACUCGGUGAAAAUUAAACCCUCUUCCUCUUUCUUUGCUAAGGACAUGAGUAUCCAUUCGGAAUUAAAAUGAGCCACAUUCGUGACACUUUGCCUCAGACCCAGGAAUCAAAGGACUGCGUCUGCCCUCUGGAAGUUCAGGAGGCCAUCCUAAUCGAGCAGCUGCCCCGUGAGCGCCAGUGCCAGUUUGUAAUCAAGCCAAGGCGCCUGGCCACUGGCCAUGAGCUGAAUGGUGAGUCUCUCUGCUUACAGAAGCUUCGUUCAGAGAACAUUUGUCAGAUUAACUCUAUGUGGUAACAAGCCAGCAUCCAUCCUGGAGAACGGGCAAAAGGAAGCACAGGGGCAGGCUAGACGGGGUCGUGCCAAACAAACUUCUUACUCCAGGGUUAGGUGGAGGUGGGGGUAUUUUAAGAAUUCUUUUCUUAUUAGACCAAAGCUUACGUGAAGCCAGCCAAAGCUCGCAAGGAAAUGGCCAGAUUUCUUCAUUUUAGAGUCCGUGCUUGUGAAUGACUAGAGCUUUUGUUCAAAGCAAUCAUACUUCAGCUUCAGAAGGCCUCCUUGGCUUAAAGAGAGAACACAUUGGGUCUAGUUGUCCCCUUUUUCCGCUGUUUUUUUCAUAAGUGAACAUUUCUCAAGGCUUACCUGAAUGGUUUAUCCAUACUUUUGCAAUUUAUUUAUAUAUCAUCAAUUCACAUAUCUGGUCUCCUCUUGAGGGCCUUGGGGAAGUAACAGUACUUAAAAUGAGGGGGCGGGGGUGAAUGGGGGAUGGACUGCACAUUUGAACUCUCUCAUUGCAGUGUUGCAUCAAAGGUUGUGGCUUCUGGAACCUCUUUUUUGUGAGUUGAGGAACUCCUGAACAUUUGCAGAGGAGUCCUGUGUGUGUGUCACAGAGGAUUCUGGAAGGUGGUCUGGAAUGCCCAUGCAGUUCCCAUGGGAUUCCUGUUGAGCUUCUCACUGUUACUUCCUAUGACUUUGGCCUACAGGAGGGAAUGGGCUUCUUUUGAGAACUGCGCUCCCUCAGAUGUAAGCUGUCAAGGGCUGCCUACAGACUCUGGCCAGAGCCGGAGCCAGUGGUGAACGCAGCCACUCACUUCUUUUGCUUAGCCCCCCACCAACACCUCUCUCCUUUCCCCACUUUCAGUCAUGGUGGGGAAGCUUGUUUGCUAGAUGAAAUGCUAGAUAAGCUUCCAGUUAUGAAUUUGGUGAGUGGGGCAGUCUGGAUGAGACGCUGGGUCCCAUCCAGGACCUGUUUAUAAUCUUGUGGGAGAGGCUGCUGAACCAGCCAAAACAGUUCCUUUGUUAAGAUAAUGGCUUUGAUUGGCCAGUUAUGUACUGCUAUUUACUAUAUCCAAAGAGGUAGCUCUGUUGCCAUAGAGAUGAAUGGUUGGACCAUUUCCCAUCUCACCUGACUGGAUGCUACCAUCAUUUUAGGAUGGAGAACAACAGGACAGGGGGGGGGGCCUGUGCAAGAGAGAGUUGUAUGUAUAAGAAUUUGGCUGAAACUGAAAGCUGGGGACACAGAAGCAUGUCUUGCUUUGUGCUGAUCCCAAACUGUGGCUGCGGGGGCUUUCCUGGAAACCUGGUGGGGAAGCAAGAUCUGUUGGGGUGUUGACGCUGUGAGCUCCUUCAGCCUGUGCUCAGGUUGUGUAUAUUGGUAAAUGAAACCAUAUAUCCUAAAGACACCACCAUCUCCACUGACCAUAAUUCCAUGGAAACUGAACCCUGGGUAAGCACAGGCGCCUCAGCACUUUCUUGCUGCUUGGAGAUUGGAGUUGCAUGCAGCAGUACAUAGAAGACAUUGCCUACUGUUUUCAGGACUACAGCUUUGCAUUGUUUUUGCGUAACAGAAUGUAAUGCCACUAUCUAAUGCAAGCGAGUGUAUUAUAGCAUAGCUGUUCCAGGCACAGAAGACACCUGCCUCCUCUGCCCUCCUGCCCAGGCUCCUUGCCACAUGGUUUGCUAUUUCUGAAGCAACUUUGCAAGUAUAAAGGACAUGUUUAUUCUCUUACCCAUCACAGUCAGCAAAAUGCUCCAAGUGCAUUGACCAGGGCACCCUACUUGUGAAAGCGGAAGUAGUUUCCAAAUUUAGCCUCUCUUAUGACCUCUACAAAGACCUCUUUCAGAUUCUCUUCUUUAUUUUGUUUGGAGUGGUGAUAAUUUCCACAUUCAAGCUUCAUAUAAUGCUUCUCUGAACCUCCAGUAUCUCUGUUGCAUCCACACACUGCCCCUUCUUAUCCACAUUCAUAUUAUGACCCUUUAUAGCUUAUCUUUUCCAUCUGGUCUGGGCAGACACUUCCUGCCAGGCCGAAAAAUGUAGAUCCUGUUCUUCUGUGUUCAUCAGGAGUUUGUUCUCUGUUCUCUGCGGAGUUAUUUGGCAACAGAAGCACCCCCUUGUGGUUAUUCAGUGCUACAAUAAGAAGCAUUGCUCAGUAAACCCUACCGGACGUGCAUAUAUUCAUUAAUUUUUCUAGAAACAAUGAUGGCUAGAAACUUAAGAAUCUGAGCAAAGCAUCUGAAACUCCCAGCUUUGUUGCUUUGUGAAGUGGUUGUAUAUCUUUGCUAUCUUUAGCCUCUACAAUUCUUAAAAGUUAGCAGUUCAGAAUCCAGAGAAUUGUCUGUUGCUGCAUCAUUGCUGCAGAUGUUGAUCUGAUUUUUUUUAUAUAUAAAAAACAAACAAACAUCAGUAGGAGGCUAUUGGGAGCUGCAUAUAGAAGUGGGUUGUUAUUUUUAAAAAUGUUAGUGCAGAUGUCUUUGGCUUUUGUUACAGAACCUGACCUUCCUUUGUCUCAUUGUACUUCCUUCUGGACAUCUUUUCUGCCUGCUGAGAUGCCAUAUGGCAGCUGCCCAAGCUUUCCAGAAUUCACCAGCAGUGUGAAAUACGUUUGCAUAGGAAUUAGAUUGACAGUUGCUUCCAAAAUGGAUGUGCAUUGCCUUGCAAGGCAGACACUCUACAGCUCUGUUUUUUGACACAGUCAACUGGCCAAGUCACAACUUGAGUACAAAAAUAUAUCCAAACCAUUCUGUGUAAAAGAAGCCUUUCCUUUCUGAGCAGGUUUCCACCACCCCCUCAAUAUUCAUGGGCAGAUGUCCCAACAUUCGCUUCUCCACACAGUCUUUUAUAUUGAUAUUGCUAACAAUCAAUGUGAUGUAUUUUAUCAUUGCAGAGGGUCUGCCCUCCAAGUACUUUUAUAGCCAUCUCUCACAAGGCAACUGAGCACUGUCAUUUGGUCUCAAAUCUUAGUAACUGAAGAAACACAGAAGUCUGCUGCACAAGUAGAGCUGUAAUGGUGGAUACAACCCAGUAUUUUUGGAUCGAUUUCAUGCCAGUUACAUUGAUGCAAACUACAUUUGUCUUCUCUUGCCUACGCAGCUUCCCCCAUUCUCUUCAAAUGCUGGUUUUAACUUAUAAAGUGUUAAGCAGCUGCACAUAGGAAAGGGGUUGAAAGUGAAGCUGCCCACAUCAUAACGCUGCUAUACAUAUCUACAGUAUCUGCCUGAUGCAACCUUACUGAAAAUCAGCAGGGCCUUCGUGAACUUGGGGUUACGUCAACUGCUUCUGGUUCCAAGAAGAUAACUGCUACUGCUGUUCUCUCCUCUGGCCAGCAGCCAUGGUAACACAGAGGGCGCAGCUGGUUGCUGAGUCUGGAGGCCUUAGGCUCCAGAAAGGUGAUUGCUGACAUUGCCAUCCAGUGCAGCAUCAGAUUCCUGAAUGGUUAAGUUUCUAGAUCUCAUGGUUUGGAAAGACAAUUAAGCAAAGAACUCCUACCCCGAAGUUUGCAUUCAAAAGCAAGCCAAGCAGUGAUAGUUUUCACCAGGCUGCUAUGCAGUUGGUAUUGUUUUCAUUUUUACAUCACUGAAUGUUUUGUGGAAAGACUUCGCCAGCCAAACUAGUUUAAAACAAGCUUUAAAACAAAGUACAUUUUUCAGUCAAGUGCUGCUGACUUUUAAGCUUUUAGCUAAAAGUAUUCUUCCCAGUCCCAUAGUUAAAGCGAACUUCUGUAAUUACAUGAACAAAAACAAUUUUCACCUGCCUGAACUCAUAUAGGGUAAUAUUGCAUGAUCAAUAUUUUGCUGUAUAACAUGGCCAGGGAUGGGGAACCAUUUUGGUUCUAAUGAUCUCACUGCCAUUUUUUAUUAUUAUUAUAUUUCUUUAUUUGAUGGGUCUCUAGUCUGCCUUUUAGAUUAUAUACACUCCCAAGAUGGUGGCUUUGAGAAAUGGAAGGGUUUGUGGCUAGAGCUGGAGGAGGUACAUGCGUUUGAAAUUCUGCGCACUAUCAGAACUUUAAAGCUUCAAUCAGAAGCGGUUGCCUUUUUGUACAGUUACAUUGGACAUAAGUAGACUUUCUGUGCUCCUUCCCCCAUGAAGGGAAAGCAACAUGGCCCUUCACCUGCAAAAGUUUUGGGGAGGUCAUAUGCUUUGUUUGCAAUAAGUGCAUGCCCUGUAAUUUCCUACUGAAAUACCAUAACUAUUCAUGCCACAAAUAUCUGAGGUAGCGGGGUUGAUCCCACUUGUAUUGCACUAAACACCCCCCCCCAACAGUACUACUGUUGUAGCAUUGGGGAGGUAUAGCAGAAUAAAUGUGAAUAAAUCUAAUCCUAAUGCAAUAUUUUUGUGUCAAGAGCAUGUUGCAGAAUGUAGCUGCAAAAUAGCCAUCUGGAGAAGGCCUUAGUGAGCUGGAUUUUUAAAAUAUGCCCUUCAUCGUAUGAAUGCAGCCAUCACUAAACACAUUUCUAGGAAUUCCUCUUAAACCCAUGCACGUUACUAUAUAGUGUGGGUGCCAAACAGAAGACGGUUGGUUCAUCACAACUACUAAAGAGAAGGAAAUAAAGGAUAUGACAUGAAUGUGUGUGGUGUAGUGUAACAAGAAACCUCUUUCUUUCCUUGCAGAGUGUAGCCAAAAGCCACUUAAAAGGAAAAGAUCCACUAUAAAUUGGGCCUUCUGGCGGGGUGCAGAAGCUCCUCCUUCCCCAACGUCUGCCCAAGGGAAGCUAUUUGGACACCCUCUGCCAGACAAGCUGCCCAAGCCAAUCUUUGUAAGUAUCCCAUACAUUCAGUGACUAGUGACUGAACUUCAGUAGAAUCCCUUUGGGUUUUUUUGAGAUUAUCUAUGACGACUCAUUUUACAUACCUGUGAAAAAGAGGACGUGUCCUGGAAAAAUAGGACAUAUGGCAACCCUAAAUAUGCAUAUAUAUAUAUUUCUCUUUCUUUAACAGGACAUGCUUUCUUUCCUGAACCAAGAGGGGCCUUUCACUGAGGGCAUUUUCCGACGUUCUGCAAGUGCAAAAUCUUGCAGAGAGCUAAAGGAGAAGCUUGAUUCGGGAGCUGAAGUGAACUUACUCAGCGAGUCCAUUUUGGUGAUAGCCUCUGUGCUUAAGGUAGACAGGCAUUUCUCCUCCUUCAUCCCCUCUGCCACCCUCUUAAGAUUUAUGUUAUGGAUUCUGUAGCCUAGGAUGUUUCUGUUUUUUUGAACCAAGUUAGACUUCCAAAAUAGUCAUCUGUGUUGAUCUUAUCAACAAUUGGAUUAUGGGCAUUCUUGAACUAUUUUUGCCUCAAGAAUAGGAUUUCCUCUGGGCAGCCAAUUCAGAUCUGCUCUUCCAUAACUGAGCCAUCCUUUAGCCUUCUGUUGUGGCCAUGGUAGAUCUCUUACUCUCCUCUAUUGGCAGGUCCACAGUGCAGCGAUGGGAGGCCAGGAUGGUAAAGAAAUUCCUGCCCGGUCCUGUGCUUUUACAGGGCUUUCAAAAAAAGAAAACAAACCUUGUUAGGAAUUUCAAAGAAAAUGUAACAUCUUAGUAAGGAGAGAGAGAAAUCGGAGCAAGUGUCUUAUCAUAGAGCCUCCUGGUGGCUUUCAGCAUGUUCGUUAAUGGAACGUGGUGGUGUCUAGAUUAAAAGAAAUUUUAGUAAAUGGAAUGAGCUACUCGUGGGAGAGUAAGCUGGGAUAACUGGGGCCACAGGAUAACUUCAGAUGGGAUAGGUUUCAAAAUGCAGGUGUUUGAUGCCAAACACAUGCUGAUGCAUGAAAGAAGGAGUAGCCACCAUGACACCCUCCAGAUGUUGUGGGUUCCAACUCCCAUCAUCCCUGGCCAUGCUGGAGGGCACUGCAUUGGUCACCCUUUCUUUAAUACAUGAGGAGAUGUUUUAUUUGCUCCUUUGGAAUUUUGCCCUUCUUCCAAGGAGCUCAAAGGGGCUAUCCAAAUAGAUUUGUGUAGUAAGCCUCGGAGCUUGGUUGGGCUAAGAGGUGCUGCACUGCAUAAGGCUACCCUGGCUGCGUUGGACUUUGAGACAACAUUUUGUUUGUUAUUCUGCACUGGCUGAUAACAGAUUAAUUUUUUCAGUCUCAAACCAGUGGAGGUGCUGUUGCACUCAUGCCCCGCUCAUGAGCUUCCCAUAGGAAUCUGGUUGACCGCUGUGCAAGCAGAAUGCUGGGCUAGACAGACCUUUGGUCCAUCAGGGCUGUUCUUAGCAUUAUGAAGUAACUAGCUACUGUUUCAUUUACUCUGUGAGAAAUGAUUCAAAUCCAUCCAUAGCAAUCGAAAUGGUUCAGAGAGGACCAAAAUUGUUCAAUGAUGCACUAGUAGACAAUCUUAUGAUCUACAGGGAUUUUGUUCCAGGAAUUCCAUGGUUUACUUCUUAUAAAACAGUCCCCCACAAAUGGUUGCUCAUCCAUACUUUUCUUCCUUCUUCCUCAGGAUUUUUUGCGUAAUAUCCCCGGCAGCGUUUUCUCAUCCCAGCUCUGUGAUCAGUGGGUUUCCUUAAUGGAUGAAGGGAACGAUGAAGAGAAGAUAAAAAGCACCCACAGGUAGAAUUGUUUGUGUAACCUCCUGUGCUGCUUCCAAAAAUACCCAGAAAAAAGCAGAAUGUUUGAGGUGCAGUUCUUGUUGCAGACAAGCUUAUAAAUUUAGAUUUGAUUGUUCAGCAUUCCAUUUUGGUCCCCUGGUCAAUAUUCUCACCUGUUCAUGGCAUGCAGGAAAGAAGAUAUACGGUGCAGAUCUCCGUGCUUUAAAAUAGAAUGUGGGGAAAUUUAUUUACUUUGUGGAUUUCCACUUACCAUGAAGUGGGCUCCAGAUUGGCAUAGCUAGGAGGCUAGGCUGGGGAAUGGCAGAAGGAAGAGUCUUGAGUGUAAUUUUUGCAAACAGUCUUGUGUUCUGAAGAGCUGUGUGUUUUGUGUGUUGCUAGGCUAAUGGAACAACUACCUGGAGCCAAUGUGAUGCUGCUCCGUUACCUGUUUGGAGUCCUACACAGCAUAGAAAGGCAGUCUGAAGACAAUAAGAUGACUGCGUUCAAUUUAGCAGUGUGCAUUGGACCCAGCUUACUCUGGCUACCAGCUGCCACAAACUCUUGGACUGAAGAAGAAUUCACCAUGAAAGUAGGCUAAGAAACAGUUCUGCUUAGAGGUUCCUAUAAAGUGGCAGAAGGGCCAGUUAGUCUGCCUUUAAAUUAAGCUAUUUGCUGUGUAGGCAGGGCAACCUUAGUGAGUUCAGACCCAAAUCCCUUGCUCCUGAUUUUUCCCAGCUUUUUAAGCUCCAGCGUUUACAUCUUUCCACCAUUAUAUUACCUGUUUUACUUUCCCUGCUUCAUUGGUCUUGCUCUGUGCACUUGGUCAAAAAGCUGGUGAGAUGCGUUACUUGGGAGGAGGUGGUGAGGAACGUCCUAAGUUUCCAACCUGGUACCAUAGCAUACCCUGUUCCUUCUUCAGAGAUCACCUCUAGAGCUAGGUGUCAUACACAGCUGCUUUUGAAGAAACAGAUGAGCCUGUGAGCAGUAUUCAGCUAAGUUUUACAUAAGGUAGACCCAUGGAAAUUAAUGGACCUCACUUAAAUAUGUCCAUUAAUUUUAGUGGGUCUACUCUGAGUAAACCUUGGUUGACUACGAACCUGUAUUACUGAGACGGUGAAGAUUUGUGAUGAGCCAAAAUGAUCCUUCCAACUUUUGUACUGGGAAGGCACAGUUGCAAGAUGGGAGGUGGGAUGCAAAUAGUGGCAAAGAAUUUGCCUCACUCCUGGUGCCAUUUGCACUACCUGCUUGCUUGGAGCAAUUUCUUCAGUGCUUCCUAGUUUCUUCUACCCACAAGACACUAGUGUGAGGACAAGAAAUAUGACUGCAUGGCUCAGAUUGAGGUCAGGAAUAGGAAGUAAUGCUUUCUGCCGUCUGUCUGGAAUCACCUUUGGAGGUGCAACUAGGAAGCACUGAACAAAAAGCCUUCUCCACCCAGCCACCCCUGGCAGCAGCAAGGAACGCAACCUCUGCUGGCAGUAGGACCAUGUGAACCGGCACCAGAAGCAGCAGAAAUAUGUGGGCAGGGGCACAGCUUCAGGGAAUCCUACCACCACCACGACACUGACCACCCCCAAGCACCCAGCUUCAAGGUGCUGUUGUAGCAAAAAGGACAAAAGCUAUGCACAUUUCUUUUUAAUGCACAUUUUCUUCCUGUUAGAGACAGGAAGCUUAGAUGGAUCUGUCAUUAGCUUUAAGACCACUUUUGUAAAGUUAACAGAAUCAACUAGUAAAGUUCUGUCUCGACUAUAGCCAGUGAGAGUUUUCUUGUGUGCAUAUUCUCCCACACACAAAAUAGGAAUCAACAUUUUUAUAGAAAUCUUUAUUUGAGGAAGAGAGAAAGACAUUUCCCCCUCUGUGCAGGGAGUUUUUGUUUGUGGACAAGUAGCCAAAUGUGCAGCUUCCAGUGUGCAGCUUGAAGUGUUUUAAUCUUAAAAAAGAAGAAGAGGAGGGGAUCAAAUUAUUUUGUUGAAUGCAUGCAUUUGCCUGAAGCCAGUGGUGGCUCCUGUGCUCUGUUUUGCCCAAAAAAUGAAUAAAUGUUAUUUUUGUUAACUGAAAAGACAUGCCUGCACAGACGUUUAGCUAGGUGCUAUUAAAGUCAAGAGCACCAGUCAUCCCACCCUGCUUUCCAUAUGCAUCCAAUAACUCUUAUAGGGCACUUUCAGAUUCCAGUCCAGUCUUUGGGAGGCAGCCUAGAACAAACAGGUUGAACCAGGAGGAUUUGUGUGGGAGGAAAAGAACUGGCACAGAAAUGAGAGCACACAACAGAUGACAGGAGGCAGGCAGGCAAGGGAAAUGUUCUAGCGCUAAGCAGAAGAGGAAGGCGUUGUGGAAAGAGCCUGUCCUGUGCCAAGGAAACAGCAGGGACUGGAAGGAAGGCUCAUUUGCUUUAAAAAGUUCGUGCUAAUAUAUAUGCUUUCUGUAAAAGAAGCAUUUGCAUAAGUGCACAUUUGUCUAUAGCAUACAACCCCAGAAUUAAAAACGAUGUGCUAUAUAAUGUGAAAUACAGAAUGUGAUAAUGGGAGGAACAAGAGGAACUUCUUGAGGGUGGACCUGCCAAGGGAGGGCCAAGUUGGAGCUUUGUAAUAAACUAUGUGGUUUUCACAACUAUUUUUCUUUGCUUGCAGGCUUCUGUCCUCAUAGAGUUUAUGAUUCAAAAUGGAAGCAGGAUUUUUGGGGAUGAAAUUAAUUACAUCUUUGCAGCCAUGAUGCCCCAAAAUGACAACCAAGAAGAUAGUUCAGGUAAAAGAAACUUUUUUAAAACAAGUAAAGUGGAGAGAGAGUGAGAGUGAUUAUCUAGCAUUUUGACUUGGACUCCAUAGGAAGCCUGUUUGGCAUCUUCUCCAUAGUGGUUGUAAUACGUACUCCAGGUCACAGUACAGGGAAGUGGGCAAUGUGUGGUCUGGAUGCAAGGCUCCUGGGAUCAAAUCUCAUAAAGCUGACUGAGCAGCCUGCAGCAAGUCCACUCUGCUCUGUCUCUGUUCUGAACCAUCACAGGAUGGCUGUGAGAAUAACCAAAUUUAGAUUAAGAAUGGUAAAAUACGUCGCCUGCUGCAAAAUAGUGGAUAAAAUUCUGCUUAUGUUUUAAUUAAGCUAUGUUGCUUUUGAUGGCGCGAGUGACACCUGAGGGUGUGCUGACACCUAUUUCAUCCUCUUGCAGAUCUCUCUUCUGUUCGUCUGCAUGACUCCUCAUCCGACAGUUUGGAAAAUGAAUUGAAUGACUGCGCAAACCUCAAUAAAAAAGAGGAGGGGAGCAAAGAGGUGGUGUCCCUGAGUGACAUAGAUUUGGACCUACUGGAAGCAGAGGAUCCCCAAAUCCGCUGCACCUCAUCAGGAGAGCACUCUGAAAGUGAGUCUGGGUAUUCAUCAACACCCAUUUCUGAUGCUCUCGAACCGCCUUCUCCCACCACCUCCACUUAAGUUGAAUAUUUGCUCAAGGGUGAGCUUAUCAUCCCUGGGCACUUUCCCUUCAGGGUCUUCAAUGAGCUCUCAAGAUAGUGUUGAGAACUC